GUAAUACGGAGGCGGGGCUAAGGCGCCCUCCGCGGCUUGCGGGGAAAAACGCGCAGGUUGUGCAAAAGUGGCUGAUUGUGCCGGCUCGCCUGUCUCUGGCGGCGGCUCUGCGAGGGACCCUCGGAGAUGUGACCGCCUCCCGUAGGCCGGCUGUGCGGAUUGUUACUCUUCUUUUUCUUCUUCUGCGGCAGCGGCAGCAGCAGCAGUAGCUGCUGCUUCUCUCUGGAGCCAGCGACCUUUUCUGUGGGCGGAACAUGCUUUAAAACUGUGAGUUGUUUUCGGCGCGUUGACUUUUCGCGAGGCAGGCUGCCAGCUUCCCCGCCUGGGCUUUCUCCCCUCAGAAAAGCCCUCGGUUGGCCUCGCUAGCUAAGAAUAGCUGCUGGCCGAAACUGCCCCGGGGGUCGUCGGGGGUCGUAGACGGAGUCCGGGAGCAGCUGGUGUAUCCCGAGGCGAAACAAACUUGCGAAGAAAGUAAGCCCGCUUGCAUUCAGUGGCACCGGCGGGUGAAGAAAUAGCAGCCCCUCAGGACUGUCCCACGACUUUUUUGGCUCCCUUCUAUGUGGGGAGAGUGGAUGAGGCAGCCCAGCCCAUUACUACUACUACUACUAAUUGCUCCUCACACGCCCUCGCUCCUUCCCCCAGCGUUGGUGUUGCCUUUCUGGAGUUUGGCGAAGAGUCAAAAAAAUUAAAAAUAAAAAUCAGCGUAUAGUUUGGCAGAGAAAGCCACUUCCUGUUUUUAAGGCUUGAAAAAAAGGAGGGAGGGGAGCCAGUUGUAACGGUGAACAUUUCUUGACACCUCUUUGUUUUAAGAGCCUUGUGGGCUGCGUUAUGAAAUGCUGCAGAAAUUGCUCACAAGUUUGUGGGUAUUUGUUUCUUUUUACCUCAUUCAACCCAAGCAAUGAUGCUGAAUUUGAUUUUUUGUGGUGGUGCGGGGAGAGGGAGGGGGGCAGACAAGGUAUUUAAAUAUACGUGGGUGGAUUUGCCACAAAAAAGGAUUAAGAAAAUGAAGGCGCUGGCAUAUAGUACCCUGAAUUAUUGGUUGGUAUGGGUGUGAACAUCUGCAAGCCACACCCCUGAUUUCUCCUUAUAUUACCCACAUUGUGCCGCCACCCCCCUUCUUAAAACAAAAAGCAAACCAAAACCCACCAAUACCCAAGGGGCGUUGCCCCGCCCACCCCUUCCUUCCCCUUCAAUUUAAGCAUUGCAUGGGUGUCAACAUGUCUCUGAAUGCAUGCAUACUGUAUGGCUUUGUGCUUCAUGCAGCACCUUAAGGAGCAUCUUCAUUGUGCAAGGAACUGUAUAAAGAGCUAGGAGGGAAGGGAGGGGGGGAUUCCUUUGUCUGUUUCCUCCCUGUGCUUUUUCCCCUGAAGCAAUUGUAAGAGCAACAGCAGUGCUGCACAGCCAGACCUCUCAACAUGUCAUCCAGCUUUCUAAAACUGAAGGGAACACACCCACCCCAUUCCUUUCAGCUGGUUUUUUUUUAAAAAAAUAUAUCUGCUGGUUGGGUUCCUCAGAGCAGAGUAUUUGAGAAUUCACAUCUGCUCUCCUAAUAAUGUUCUCUCCCUUUCCUGAGGAAUGCAGCCAGCUAUCUUUUGUCAUUUUGCAAGAUCCAUUUGAUUUUACUAAUGCAAAGUUUCUCUUGGUGCCCUUCGCUACUGGAUCUAAGGCAGGGUAGUGAACCUGAGGUCCUCCUUUUGUUGGACUCAGAACUCCCAUCAGCCGCAGCCAGAAUGACUAAUGGGAAGAGUCGGUGAGACUUAAUAGGCCAAAGAGAGCUAGAGCACUGCAGGUUGCCCAGCUGUGCUAUAGCCACUGUAAGUGGGGGUUGCACUAAUGCUACUUAUCUAGGGCUGCCAUAUGUCCAGAAUUUCCCAAACGUAGCCAGGAUUUGUGUCCGGAUUUUCACUUUUUGAAAUAUGGCAGCCCUAACUUAUCACUCUCUUUGCCUGGCAAUGUAUGUACUUAAUUUUAAAGUUCAGUUUGUGUACAAUGGGAGUCCCUGCACAUGUGAAGGAAUCUAGAAUCCUCCAAGCUACAGUAGUCAUGUGAAAACAGCCUUCUGUACCAUUAAGAGAAUGAGUUGAGAAGUAGUUCAAAUAUGUACUUCUAUGAUCUUUGCCUUUUUCUCUAACUGUUCGUGACAAACAUGAUGGUGAAAAGUUUGUUCUGCUUUAUAGGGAGGUUCUUAGAAUGCUCUCACCACAGCCACUAAAAGCACUUGAUGUAUUCAAAUUCUUAGCAGUCCUGUUGAUAUUGUUAUUAUACAGUCUGCAAAAAUAGGACAGAUGAUUGCAAAAUACAAGGAAUCUUUCCAGGCAGCACUAAAAGUGCUCUUUGUUUAUAGUGUUUCAUGACCACUUCUCAACAAAUAUUUUCAGAAAGUGGCUUGCCCUACCCCCCAAAAGAUACAAGUAUGAGAUCCAGUUUGAAAACCAUAUAAAAACAACGAAUCCCCAGAAGCGUGGUGGAGUAAUGUCUUCUUCUACCCCUGACAUUAUUGGGGGGGGGGGCACAUCCCGUAACUUUGAAACAGCUACAAAAAGGUAUUGUUCUUUGUUCGGGUACAUAGCACACUUACCACCCCAACAGAUGGAAUCUAGAGCAGAGUCUUUUGGUAAAAGGCACUCCCUGGGCACAUGAGACCCAGACCAUAAAAACCAGCACUUUGAAUUUGGUCUGUAAAUGAACUAGGAACCAUUGCAGAUGUUUCAGAUCAGCUGCAUCACUUACCUACGACCAUCAUGAGGCAGGCAGCAUCUUAUCCUGCAUCAGUUCAGUUGUAGUUCCUAAACAGUGGGACAAUCCAGCUUUCGUCCAGCCUUCAUCAUCCUGGUGUUCUCCAGAAGUGGAUUUGAAUUGCAACUCUCAUCAGACUGUCACAAGAGUGUCCUGAAUGACAGCAUAGUCUAUUUCUGCCUCUGUACUGUAAAUGAAAAACUUGUGUUUCAAACAAAGGAUAUUUUAUCUUAAAAGGCUCUUCUUCUGUUUAAAAAAUCACUUCUUCCUAAAAUAAACUCAGAGCAACUAGCAGAAUAAGUAAGUUACAGAAAACACAGUAGAACAGUUGGAAAGAAAAAUCAAUUUCAUACAUUUAAACCAAGAGCAGAACAGAACAAUUUAGUAUAGAGAUGGAAUUUUAACCCCAUACUGGAGCUGUAGCAGAAUAAGAUCUUAGCUGCUCAUAUGUAGUUUUAAUGAGAAGGCCAACUAAACUUCUCCUGGGAGGGACUUCCAGAAGCUGGGGUGCUACAGUAGAAAAGACCCACAGUUGAGCACACAAUAGGAAGAGGUGUUAAAGGUGCUUUUAAUGUAUAUGAAGAGGAUGCACACAUAUUUCAUGUUUACAUAUUGGAGACUGAAAUGGGAUGUAGAAAGCUCAUUACAGACUCCAGCUGAACAGUGAACACAGAACUGGAUGGCUGAAAUUUGUCAGUUUCUCCUCUAAUAUUGCCGAAUAGCCAUAGAGUCAUAGAAUUGUAGAGUUGGAAGGAACCAUGAGGGUCAUCUAAUCCAAUAGAAGAGUAUAUGCACUUUAGUGGCUUAAAACGCAGCAAGGCCGUUUCUCCCUCCCCGCAUCUCAAGUCACAUUUGCAAUUUCUAUAUGCACCUGAUAUGCAUUACCUAAUUCGUUUCUCCAUGCUGGCAACCCCUGUCAUCUGCACGUGUACAACAGCUGUCUGAACUGUACACACCUGAGCUUAAUGGUUGUUUGCAUCUUCAAGUUGGAUGAAAGCUGGUUAGAGGGGAAACACAUCAGACAGGAGUAUUUCUCAAGAAACUACAGGAUGCACAUGGAUUGUGGCUAACAUGUCUGCUCAGCUUCAAGCUGCAAUGGUGGGAACACAUUGGAACCAGAGUAAGCCAUAAUGUGUACAAACUUGAAGACUGUAAGCCUGUUCCUUGUUUAUUCUGUUUUAUGUAAGAGAUGGGGAGCCUGUGGCCAUCCAGGUGGUGUUGGACUCCCAUCAGCCCCAGUCAACAUGGCCAGUGGUCAGAGAUUAUGGGAAUUGCAGUCUAAUGACUUUUGGAAAAUCACCCCCAUUUUAUACUAUAUAUCACUUUGUUAGAUGCUUAUUUUAUUAUUCCGUAGAAGAAAAAGUAAGACAGCUAACAGUGAACCUGUUGGGGGCAUAGUUCAUAGCUUUCCAUUUUAAAAAGGCGAUGAGAAAGUGCCUUAGAAGAUUAUUUGAUUAGCAUUGCACUAGAGUUACUUGUUGAAGAAUGGGCAGCACUGCAUGCAGCAAAUAGAUAAAAGAUAAGAACCUAAUCAAUCACAGGUCUACUCCCAUUUCCUGGUAGAUUGAUAACUAUCUAUGCAUCCAUAUCUAUCUUAUGAUUUCUAUCUUAUGUGAAAGAAUCAUGACUGGGUGAAAAUCUUAGUCUACUCUUCUGAGUCCCAUCUGUGGAUCUUUCCAUUUGCACACCUGCCAUUUUAAAACCAAAGAGAGGUGCCACAGUUUAUCCAAACAAGCUGGAUUAUUUCCUCAAUUGGCAUUGUUGCAAGAUCAGUCUUGAUUAUUAACUUGUAUUUAAUUUAAUUUGAUAAUGUGCCUUAAUCUAGUUAACACAGAGCCUGUUAAAAAGUGCUGUAUAUUGAGGAAUAUUGCAUCAAGCAGUGGACAUGAGAGACAGAGAAAUGGCUUUAUUUCACAAGAGCAUGUGUGGUCCUGCUAGAUCUUGAUUGAGGGAUUGGUUCAGAAAUUGCUUUCAACUAGUGUCAUGGACCUGACAGGAGGGAGGGAACAUAGAUCUGAAGAUGAGUGAUAGCUGAUAGAAAUAAACUGGACAGAGAAGGCUGAUAAUUUUGGCACAACCAGCAGAGUGAGUUGAAUGAUGGCGCAGCAUAUGAAAAGCCUUGUUUUGGGAAAACUUUAUGAGAUAAAGCCCUGUGUAUAGUUCUCAUGUCAUAUUGUUGUUUUGUGGCAUUGGUGUGUGGUGGUCUUCCUUUUCCAGGAUGCUGCAGUCUCCUACUUUCUUUGUGUCUUCAAAAGUCCCACCUGCCUUUUCUACCAGAGCACGUGCCAUUCCAUCCAUUCUCUCUCACUUAUCCCAUAAUUUCCCUGCAGUCCAUCCCCAACUCAACAUUAUACUCUCACAAAACUAAAGUGGACUACAUGAUAAUAACAUGUAGGUUCAUUUAUUUUGUGCCAUGAUGUCAAUCAUGUUUUGAAUUGCUACACAGAGCGUGGCUGCUGGUGAGGGUGAGUGUGACACGCCACAAACAGUAUUAUGGCAUUUGCUUGUAUGAGAAGCAGGGGACCCUUUUCAGCAUUUCCUCAUAGGGGACCUUCUGGGGCCCACAUGGUGGGCAUGGGUCAGAUCAAAAGUGGGCAGGGAAAACAAUGCCAUUCUUGUCUCUAUACAAUAGACUGCAUGCUAGCCAUGCACAACUGAGAGGUUUCUAUAUAUACACACACCUCUCUCUUCAAUUUAGGGAAACAAGUCAUUAUCACAAUUCAAGGACACAUUCCAGCCUCUGGAAGGUGCAGAGCAGAGCCGUUUUGAGAUGUGGACUACAGAAUGGGCAUGACUUGGGAGAGUCUCAGGGGUGUGAUAGGGAGUCCUGGAAGACUGAAGGGUCUCAGGUUCCACAUCUCUGAUGUACAUGUCUCAAAAGGAAGCUCAUCCUUCCAUUAUAACAACACGUUAAAGUGCCUUUCUUCAGGAACUUAUUUCCCCCCCAUUUAACAUAUAUACAGAGUAACAAAGUUGCUUGCACAGAGUUACAAAGGGAGGAUGUACUGUAGUCUCUUACCAACCCCACUUGCAAUAAAGCCAGGUGGUGACUCUGAAGAUUAGGAGAUUUCUAGGGCAACUCUGUACAUCUGUUUCAAGGUGCUAAUGCAAAAUUGGAUAUGGAAGUGUCCUCUUUGUGACUUCCCAGCUGAACUCCAAAAUGACAAGCUGCGCAGACGACUGCGGAUACUCUGCGACUUGAAAGACCAUGUUGGAGUGCUCUGUCCAUGAUCCUUGCAGACAUGCCUGAAGAAAAUAUUUCUUUUCAGUCCAGCUUCAGACCUUGAGCCAGUUUUAUUUCAUUAGUCAAUUUUUACACAAGUGCACUUCAUUAUAUUGUGCCAGUUUUUGCCAAAGAAGAACACUCCAUGUGUUUCUAAUGGUUAUUCUCUGCUGCUGUGUGCUGUGUUUAAUAAAUGAGCCAUUUCCUUUUCUUUAAACCUUUAGAAUGUUUAGCAUUGCAAUGCAGCUUAUUAUACUUACAGCAUAUCCGCAGCUCGUAAGCAGAGCACAGUCUGAAUAUACAGGUGUGGGAGGGUGGGGAGGGGAGUGCUGUACAAGCAUGUUGUGCUUAAGAGACUGCCAAGGAAAAAUAAACUUAGCCCACAGCAUGUUCUGCUUACACCAUUUUAAAACAAGAGACCUUUUUUCCUUUUUGGUUAAAUAUACACCAGAACAUUAUGCUUGAUCUACAUGUUGAAUCCACUAUAGUUCAAAACGUGCUUACUAGUUUAGUUUUUUAUUUAUUUCAGGGGUGGGGAGAAGCUGUGGUCUUCCAGAUACUCCUGCCAGCAUGGCUGAUGGUCAAGGAUGAUGGAAGUUGCAGUCCACUAGCAUCUGGAGGUCCACAGUUAAAGUUCUCCUUGCUUUCUCUUUCCUUUUUCAGAGCAGUGUAGGAUAGUAAUUUGAAACCGUUUGUACAGUUACUAAAGCCACAUGCAAGCAGCUCUGAAUAUGUAUGUAUGAACUGAUGCUUGAAUACUUGGAUCCAAAUCUCUGUUUAGCCCCUAACUGAUUUACACCCCCACCCCCACCCCAGUGUCUUGCAUUUCCUUUAAGGAACUCAGGAUGAUAUGCAAGGGCAGCCCUAUUGUCUCUGUAAAAGGCUGAGAAAGUGGUGAGUGCAUGACACUGGUCAGCUAUGAAGGACACUGGGUGACCCUGACCUAAAAUAUCUCUGGUCCAACUCUGGCACUUCAUUUGCCAUACCACACUCAACACUUAGCUUAAAAGCACUAUGGCAUUCUGGUUCUCCUUAUGGCUCUUCUUGUGGUAUUCAAAGAAUGCUUUCUGAGAAAUGUGUUCUGUGAUGCCUCCCGUGACAUGAUGCAUUUUGAGUCAGAUGGCAUAUAAUUUCAGAUGGGGGGGGGGAAUCACUAAAACUGUGUUGGUGUUCUAUUUGGGGUUUAAAGGCAAAUGGGAAAUGUCUAGUGACGCUUGAACCAUGGGAAAGUUAUUUUUAUAAAUCUCCUUUUUAUUUUUUUACAUUUAUAAAUACAGACCUGUAAUCUGUAUCUCUUGAAAACAGUUUGAAAGGUUAGCAGAAGAUACAAGACUGGAUUUCCCAACCAUUCCUUGGGAAAAAAUUUUUAUAAAGAGGUUAAGGAAGCAGCACAUGGCUCUUCUGUUUAAACAUAACACCCAUCAGCAGAUGUCACAUUUUAAUUGAACUGGGAGAAGCUCAUUGGCCCAGGACUCCCUGUAGUCCACAGACUUUGCACCACAGAUUGUUGGAUGCUUAGGAAAGAUGAGCUCUGGAUGGUCUCUGACCAGGAACAGAAUUAUGUAUUCCAUUUUCCUACAGUGGUGCUUAUUUACCAGGGUCAGUUCUAGUGUUCUGGGUUUUGAGAGGCAAAUUGGAGGAAGUGAUUUUAAAAUAGAUUCGCAGUUCAACUUUGAAUGAAAUGGCACAACACCAGUGGUAAAGUGUAUUGUUUUAUUUAAAAAUUAUGUUUACUAUAUGACCCACUUUUCUUCGAUCUUCACCAUAUAUUGCUUUAGGUUCUCCCAUUCUUUUCAUUGAAUGAAGUUUAUGUAUCGGGGGGGGGGGGGUGUUUCUUUAAAGGAAUGAUUUUUUCUUUCCUGUGAAUUUUUCAUUGUUUAUGUAUUGCAGAUGGGGGAAACUCUGGACUGUAGUUUUAAUUCUGCUCCCAGUACUCUUCCCCAGUCUACAAUGCACCUCUCCCUUGACCUGACACAAAACAAGCCGGAGAUACAAAACACAUCAUUCCGGAUCUUCAGCCAAUCAGGCUAUUUUUCAUGGGAAUUUCUUUUAAGGAAAGGGCUUGUGCUGUGAUGUUUCUGUUGUAAUUAUCUGUAUGUUUUAAUAGAGCAUACUUAUUCUUUUAAACGUUUUAUGGUUUUCUAAUUAUUGCUCCCGCCCAAUGUUUUUAGUUGUUUCUGUUUUAGUUGUAAGCCAUCUUGAGUUCCUGUCAGGGAAAAAGAUGGGUAAUAAUAAUGAUGGCACACUGGGUGGGUAGUGGGGGUUAAACCUCAUCCUGCAAGACAUGAUUGGGAAGAAGAUGGACUUCUUUCAGCUAAUAUGUGCUGAUCUGGCUGAUGAGCAGGGAGGAUGUGAUUUUCAUUCUGUCCUAACAUGUUGGAAUGGAAGGGUUAACUAUUGCACACUGUGGUGGUGGUCAAAAUAACACUCUGGUUGAAAUAGUUCUGUACUGUGCUACCCAAUCAGCCUUAUUCAUACUCAUGCUCUCAGUUCAUAUGCUGACAAAUAGGACAAGUACCAGUAGAGAACAGUCCACAGUAGUGGUUUAUCGAUUUUUAAAUUUAGUAUUGUGAACAGGUCACCGAAGAAAGUUGUCUUAAGGUGCUCUAAAUUAAGAGACAGAAAUCAAGUGCAAUUCCUCUCACUGCUGUCUGUUCUGUAGCUAAACCCAGUGAAGUCUUUUAUCCUAUUAAAAAUAAAAAAGGUGCAUUAAACUCUGUGACCCAGAGCAGUGGAGUGGAGGACCUCUGUGGGUACUGAGCCGUGUUUCAAUGACUGUCAAGGGAACAAGGGAGUUUUCACAAGCCACACAAAUUUUUCAUACUGUAAAGCUGUCAAGUCGUACAAACAGAGCCUAAUGACACAUGGGCAGCCGAAGCAUAGGAGGUCUCCAAGGAAAUUUGCAGGUCUCUAGGCAGUUGUAUUGGCAUGUCUGCUUCUGGCAACUUUCGCCUGCAAGCAGAAACUUAAAUCAAUGAACCACCAUAGCCCUGAGGUGUGUGCUGUGUUGCUGGAGCUGCUGUUCUGUGGCUGAAUUGACAUCAGCACACUUGUCACAGUUCAUUUCAGUGUUUAGUCAUCUUGCUUCACCCCAGUUGAUCUACUUUCAUUCCUCGUGCACAGCCAGAAUUUCAUCUCCCUACCCCGUGACGAAUACUCACCCCAGUAUUAGUAAGGCUCCAAGUGGGUGCUAAAUGUUAACACAAUAACUUCCAUUCAGGUAUAUGGAGGUGUUUAAGUUCUCAUAUUUAAAAAAUCCAAAGUUAUCAGCUUGUCAUUAGUGUGAGUGCAUGGAGUCUUGGUAGGUAUUGAGGAGGGUUGGAGCAUCCAUGGCCCUCCAGAUGUUGGAUUCCAACUCCCAUCAGUCCCAGCCAGAAUGGUCAGCAGUCAGGGAUGAUGAGAGUUGGGAGUCCAGCAACAUCUGGAGGGCCACAGGUUAGCCACUUUCUGCUGUAAACCCACAAUACUUAUAGAAAGUUGCAAAUCUGUAUGCACAGUAAUACAAUAAAAAAGAAAAAAUGGUUUAUAUUAAAGAAAUUAAAAAUCUAAAUCAGUAUAAAAACCAGACUUUUCUUUAAAAAGAGAGACAUGAUUUGUGUCGCUAUGCUUAUUGGGUUCUAAAAGGCAAUAGUGCAAACCUAUGCAUGUCAACUCAAAGCAAGCCUUAUUGAGUUCAGUGGACUUUCUCCUAAGUAAGUGGUUAUAGGAUUGCAGCCUUAGGUUUGGAAUAAAUCCCCAAUGAAGUCAAUGCAAGUUACCGGUAAAGGUAAAGGGACCCCUGACCAUUAGGCCGACGCUGGGGUUGUGGCGCUCAUCUCGCUUUAUUGGCUGAGGGAGCCGGCGUACAGCUUCUGGGUCAUGUGGCCAGCAUGACUAAGCCACUUCUGGCAAACCAGAGCAGCACACGGAAACGCCGUUUACCUUCCCGCCGGAGCGGUACCUAUUUACCGUAUCUACAGUGGUGCCUCGCAAGACGAAAUUAAUCCGUUCCAUGAGUCUCUUUGUCUUGCGGUUUUUUCGUCUUGCGAAGCACGGCUAUUAGCGGCUUAGCGGCUAUUAACAGCUUAGCGGCUUAGCGGCUAUUAACGGCUUAGCGGCUUUAAGAAAAAGGAAACAAACUCGCAAGAACUCGCAAGACGUUUCGUCUUGCGAAGCAAGCCCAUAGGGAAAUUCGUCUUGUGGAACGACUCAAAAAACGCAAAACCCUUUUGUCUAGUGAGUUUUUCAUCUUGCGAGGCAUUCGUCUUGCGGGGCACCACUGUACUUGCAUUUUGACGUGCUUUCAAACUGCUAGGUUGGCAGGAGCAGGGACCAAGCAACGGGAGCUCACCCUGUCGUAGGGAUUCGAACUGCCGACCUUCUGAUCAGCAAGUCCUAGGCUCUGUGGUUUAACCCACAGUGCUACCCGCAAGUUACUUUCCAGUAAACAUGCUUUGUAUUGCGCUUGUUUUCCAAAGCUGUAGUCAGGGCCAAAGGACUGUAUAUCAGUCUCCGUGGUGUCCAGGCAUGUGUUGGUUAAGAGAACUAAAAACAAACAAACAAACAAACAAACAAACAAGGAAGUUUACCUUAUCAUAACUUUCACCUAGAGCUGAAUUUGAAAAUCUGAAUGUCCUUGGCCCUAGAGUUGUGCCCGUCAGAUAAGGAAAGCUUGGGGACAUUUUAUAAUUAAAACUGGAGGAAACAAGCCUCGUGAAAAAGCCAGUUGGGUUGGGACAACUUGCACUGGCAAUUUGAACGAAGUGUUGCAUGAAUAGGUAGAAUCAAGAAGGAUGCAGUAGCUACUUUACGACCUUCUGGGGUAGUUGGACAGGGAUUGGGAAGUUGCUCUGGAACAUUUACAGGAAAUGUGAGGUUGAGAAGUAGAUGGAAACGGAAAGGAAAGACGUCUUGCUAUGUAAGUGAUAACUUGCAUACUGCACUAAAGAAUUGCCUGUCUUGUUGCCUUCUUGGUUAACCCCCCUCCCCCCCUUUUUAAAAGGAAUGCUGGUCAGCAGUGUGUGUUUUUCUUCUUCUAGAAAAAUAGUGUCGGUACUCACCAUGAAGUUGUUACAGUUACAGUAAGUGCCACACUUUUUAACAACCACGAAAGAGGUUCCAGUACUGUGUACUCUUGAGUACCCCCUGAAAAAACACUGCUGGUCAGUCUUUAGAAAUUAUGGCCAACAUAGUUCCUUCCUGUUAUUAUUGUAUUAAAACAGCAGUUGGAUUUGUGCAUUUGCACACGUAUACAUUUUCAUGGUUUUUGUAGCAUGAUGGCAAAAAUGUUUGCAAACUAGCAGAUUUCUGGAACACUUAAAGUAAUACAGAAGACAAGUGUUCAGCCUCUAAAAUGUGACACAGUUUCAUCAAAGUGGAAGAAAAUUUUGCUCCUUCCAGGUAAUGAUGUCACAGGUACUAACCAAUAGAGGCCUUCUCUUGUAUCCUGUCAGUUAAUCAGCUAUAGAACUUCUUUAGAAGUUUGUCCUGAAGAGGGACCAGUAGAAAAUCGGAUGAAUUAAUGUCGACUAGGAAGAAGGGCAGAAGAAAAGAAAGGAGUGAAUGGAAUUGUUUAUUAAGUUCCCAGUUUAAAGCUGCAUUUGAUAUAUUGGGGAUAACAAACCGUCCCUUCCCUCUGCCAUGUUAAAACAAGCAAAUAUAAACACAUGUUGAUUAAGAGUAUAAGCGAUGCAGUUAUGGGCACCACACACUUCUGUGACUGAUUGCAAUAAUAUAGUGUUGGCCAUUCAUCACGUUUUGGAAGUAGCUGUGGCUUUGUUCUUUGGGUUUAUACUCUUUGGAAAGAAGGACCAUGUGUCAAGAUUCAGGGUUGUAUCCUGUGUCAAUCCUACACAGAGUAGACUCAUUGAAAUUGAAGACAACGACUAACUUAAAGUCCAUUACCUUAAAUGAACUUACUAUAGGAUUUGGCAACCCUACUCCAAAUAAAUCAUUCUAGAACUAGUGCUGAUGACAGCUCAAGCAGUUUAGUUAGUGAUAGCCAGAAGUUUGCAGCUUCCGUUUCCCAAGAAGUCUGUAUAUAUAUAUUUGCAACAUAAGUUGCUAUGGGAGAUACUUAACAACUGAAGGGCACCCAGACUUUGUCCUUGAGGUCUGAUUUAGAUCUUUGCCCAGUUUCUCAAGAGCUACACUAUAUACGGAAUAAGAAUUUGAUGAAAAUCCAAGUAUCUGCCCAUAGUCUGCCAAAAAGUAAUUCUAUCUGAUUUUUUUUUAAAAAAAAUUAUGUGUGUGGCAGAGAUGGGAAACCCUUUUCAGCUCAAGUGCUACAUUUACUUGCAGACAACCUUCUCAGGACCACAUGCCAAUAGUGUCAGAGGUAAAAGCGAGUGGAGCAACAGGUGUGACUCUUACCUUUUGUGCAGUAAGUUGUAUUCCAGCUACACAAAAAUUGUAAUAGUUCCUACAUGCACAUCCCUAUACAGGAAAUCAACAUGUAUUGGCAUAGUUUAGAGACACAUUCCAGCCAGGCAAAAGCAUCUGAAGAGGCUGUCAGACAGCCUGGGAAGAGUCUCAAGGGCCAGUUUCACUUGGAGAGCCCCAUUUGGUCCCUGAGCCUAAGUCCUUGCUCCUAAUGUAUAGACUGAGGUGCAGACAAAGGCAGAUGGUAGUAAUGGAAUUUGGGGCUUACAAUUUCAAAAGACCUUCUGGGUGUAUAGGCAGCAGAAGACAUAAGCCAUACAUUGGGUCAAAAGUAUAGUUUUCUGUGGGACCUGCAUAUCUGCCCCUGGAGUUAAGUGAAUAAAUAUUGCUGGUGGAAAUUUCCAACUUCAUCAAGAUGAAUAAAUGAAAGGUUUAAAGUUGGCAGGAUUUUAAAUAUAAAAAAAGAACUGACAGAGCAGUAGUCAGCCAGCAUGGCCAGUGGUCAAGGAUGAUUGCUUCAGUGCAGCAACAGGGGAGGCGGGGGACAUUAUGUUCGCUAUCCCAGCGCUAGAGCACUUCAAAAUACUUUUAAAGCUGUUUUAAAAUUUUCUGGCUUCCUUCAAACUGCACUGUGUCAAAUUCUUGAUGCUAGCAUAAUUGGCAUUUCCCCCUUUAGCUUUUAACAUUUGGUUAUUUCAUGACUUCACCUGCAACAAAACACAUCUCUCCUGGGUUUCUUAUUUUGUUGUUUUGUUGUGAGGUAGUAGUUAGAGCAGGCAGUUGCUAACAUGGUACCCUCUAGAUACUUUUGGACUACAAAAUCCCAUGUGCCCCUGCUAGCAAUGGUCAGGAAUUAUGGUGUUUGUAGUCCAGCAACAUCUGGAGGGACUAUGUUGGCUACCCUAGGGUUAGACAGAGACUAAGAAGACUCGGGUCCAAAUCUCUGUCAAGCCAUGAAUGACUAUGGGUCCAUCACAAUCUCUCAAACUAACCUACUAACUCAACAGGGUUGUCAAGUUAAAAUGGGUGGUGGAAGAACCCUUUACACCUCUGUGAGUUGCUUGGAAGAAAGGAGGCUUGUAAAGAGGGGGGGAGGGGGAAGAGUUUUCUAGGCUUCUCUGAAACUUUAUUUUUAUUAAAGGGUCCAAGGUACUUCUUAAAAUAGUCAUUUCUAGCUCCUUUUUUAAGUUGUCAUCUCCAGUUGAGUGAUUAUUCCCCUAUCAUGCUCAACUUCCAAGUCUUCCUUUUCCUAGUAUUCUUUAAAUGGACUUAAGACAUGCAGAUGCCCUUUGUAUAUAAACAGCAUGCGUACAUGUCUUCCCGUUUACUUUCUUUGACUGACAAAAAUUGCCUGAUGAUGCAGCAGCUAGGAAACUCUCUCUUUGUGAGAAUGAAAUCCUAAAGUGCUCAACUGUGUAAAUGGGGUGUGCACAAAAUAAAAGCAAAUAAAAUUAAAGUUCAUUUUUUUGAAAGGGAUGCUGGAUGGGUGGCAUUGUGGACUCUUUGGGAUCUUUCAAAUUGAAUAGCGGGGUGGAGGAGGAACAUUUCACCUGUAAAUUAAGAGCGAACAUGUUCUUGCUAGCACAAUGCUGACUAUAUUCUAGGUGUUCCUGCUCACUGUUUUACCUGUGGGAAAGCUUAUUCUUUUUGUAGCACAUAAAUGAAAUGCUGACAAGAAGAGGUUCUCUCUGUCACAUCACACUCUAGGCAUUUAGAGAGUGGAUGUUACGGCUUUCUCUAAUUGGUUCAAUGCCUGUUAAACCUCAUCUCUCUACGUGGGGCACAAAGGUUAUCUCCCACAAGGAACAAUUCAUUUACAGUGGUACCUUGGGUUACAUACGCUUCAGGUUACAUACGCUUCAGGUUACAGCCUCUGCUAACCCAGAAAUAGUGCUUCAGGUUAAGAACUUUGCUUCAGGAUGAGAACAGAAAUCGUGCUCUGGCGGCGCGGCAGCAGCAGGAGGCCCCAUUAGCUAAAGUGGUGCUUCAGGUUAAGAACAGUUUCAGGUUAAGUAUGGACCUCCGGAACGAAUUAAGUACUUAACCCGAGGUACCACUGUACUUGCUUUGUAUAAUACAAUAAAUAUUUUAAACAUUGUUCUCCUAAUACAUUGUAUUGUAUGCAACUACAGUCUUUUGCUGAUAUUCUAAAACUAAAAAUCUUCUGUGUGGUUGAUGGGGAACUGGAAAUAUGCCCAUUGGCCUUUCAUACCAUGUGUUCAUGAGUGGAUAGGAAACAUGUCUGUGCAAAGGGGUGAUCUCUCUCUGGGAUGGGUAUCUGUGGUCUUUGAAGAAAGUAGUGUGGGGGCUAAAUGAGUUGUUCUCAGCAUGGCAAAAAGCAAGAGACUUCAGCCUCAAUGUUUUGAAUGUUUUGAAGUCCUUCCAAGUGAUGCUGUCGUCAAAUCAAAAGAGCAUUGUUGCAUGCCGUUUCUUCCUCAUCUUUUGAAUACUGGUCUAAUUUUUCUGUUUUGCGUAGAAAUGUUCACUUGCAACAUAUGACCCCAUUAAACACGUGCCUAGUAGUUCCUCUGAAGCAAUUCCAUUUCUUUCCCGCUCCUUCCUAAUCACCGUGAAUUAUGAAACACUACUUCAUCUGCCUCCAUGUCCUCCUCCUUUCCUCUGACUGUUGUCAUAUUUCAUCUUUCACAUAAAUCUGUACAUUCUUGCUCUUCUGAAAAUCUUCAUUACUUCUAAUUGUAUUCUUGUUCUUUCUUAUGCAAGCAGGGGAAUUCUACACCUAAAACUAAUAAUAAUCUGUCUGGAAUGAGCUUGUUGCCAUAGAAACCAACAUGAUGUCAUAAAGAUACAGUGGCAAUGGCACAGCUUUUAGGGACAAGGGGCUCAUCAGCUGGGAAGGCUCAAUAGCAUCUCUAGUUCCAUAUUUCAAGAUGAUCUCUGUGUGUCAGAUGGGUGGGGUACAAGUAAUAAACUGCUAUUAUAUUAAGAGAGUGAGAGAGACUUUUUCAUCAUUCUUGGCCAGUACAGAAAGUGUAACACUUUUUUGAGAAUCUUCAGAACAUGCCAGAAUUUUGCAGUCAGCCAUCAGGAACACUAUAAGGUUGUAAACUAGAGUAAAGGAUCAUGUUUGACACAACUGAUUGCUCUGUCAAUUACAGAGUUUGCACCUGGUAGACUCCUUUUCUCCCCAUCCAAGUAACUUUGUUUUUUGCUCAGCAACUGACAGGCGCAUACACACACACACACACACACACACACACACACACCACACCGUAUUUUUCGCUCUAAUAGUACGCACUUUUUUCCCUCUAAAAAUGAAGGGGAAAUGUGUGUGCGUCCUAUGGAGCGAAUGCAGGCUCCUUGGCUUCAGCGAUAGCAACGCGAAGCCUCCAAAGCGCAGAGGGAGAGUUCCUGCUGUGCUCUGAAGCCUGGAGAGCGAGAGGGGUCAGUGCACACCUAACCCUCUUGCUCUCCAGGCUUCGCUUCGCUGGAGAGGCACUGCACAGUUUUCCCUCUCUGUGCAGUGCCCCUUCAGUGAAGCGGGAGGAGAAAUGGAAGGGGCUCCAUUUCUCCUGCCGCUUCGCUGAAGGGGUGCUGAGCAGAGAGGGGGAGAAUCCCCCCCCCCCCCGUUCUCCUAUGGUCCGGUGCGUCUUAUGGUCCUUUGUGUCCUAUAGAGCGAAAAAUAUGGUAUAUACACCCCCCAAAAAAACCUUACAUUUUUUCUUUUUCUUCUGCAUGCACAAACAGAUUAAGUACAAGUGAAUUAUACUUAAGAGUGAAAGAUCAGUCUUGUUAAAAACAAAGUUCUGCAGCAUAAGUUCAUUAAGUUUGUUUGCUUUAGACACAGAGUCAUAGCCGUAGACUGCCUGACUCUCAGUAUAGGGUUGGCUCAUCACAAACUGCGGAUGCACAGACAAGACUUGGUCAGUAUCAGUCUAGCAGAUGCAGACACGACUUUUCUCAUAUUUCUCUAUUUUAUAUAUUUGUUUGGAUUAUAUAAUUUGGCUCUUAAAAGUGAUAUAUGUGACUUUUGGGAAAUGCACAAACUCUGGGCAUAAGGUGCAAAGGUCAUUUUUCUUUGACCUGUCAGAGUUCAGGUCCCUUAGCUAUGUCCUGACCCUCUUUCAUUCCUUGUGCCCCCCCCCCCAUUUGCCCUGGCUUCAGAAAUCUCUUUUGUGUCCAGAAGACUACUGCUACACAUGCAUCAUCUCCUCCUUCCCCCCAAAGAAACCUUGGAUUGUAUUCAGCACUAGUCAUACUUUGAGUAGACCUAUCGAAGUUACUGUACAUGGUUAAUUUAGGUUCAUUAAUUUCAGUGGGUCUACUGUGAGCAGGACAUAGUUGAAUAUUGCCUCUUUGGAGGUAACAAAGUCUGCCAAAUGUCAGAAGAAUACCUUCAUUGAUUCUUCUGCAAGGAUAGAUUUUACUGUUUUGGGAUGGAUUGGCUAAUAUAAACAUGUUUGCAAGGAAUUUCUCCUAAUAUAAUUCACUUUUGUAUGUUAUUCUCAUAGAUGGUUGGAAAACAGAUUAGUAUCACUAUGUUUCAGUUCUUACAUAUUUUCAGAAAGUGACAAUCUGAUGAAUUCAGCUUUAAAUGAGAACUGAAUCCAGCAUCCUUAGUGGCCACUUUUAAAAUGCAGUGCUUUGGAGGCACCUGAGCCCACAAUAGUACUCAGGGAGGGGAUUUUGGAAGCCCCCAAUUCGACUCAAAACACCUUGUUAACUGCUCCAUCCAACAUGGACAUGUGAAAACCUUGACUGAAAUGCCCUUAUCUGAAUUGUACUUUUGGAAGUACACAGUCAGUACACAGCCUAAUAAUGAAGAUAAUGUAACAACUUAACAGUUUUCAUCUGAUUUACUUUAUGGGUCAAUUCACCUUGUGAGUCUAAAUAUGAUGCCACACUCUUUAUACUGUUGAAGGUAAUGUCUUGAUGUGUGCUGUAUAGUAGCUUCAUUUGUUAUCCACAUUUAGUGGUUCUAUUUACGAGCAGGCUAUUUUAAUUUGAUAGAAUUCCAGAUAAGGAGAAUUCUGCUUUAGUGCAGAGGGUCAGAUUAGAUGACCUUUGGAUCUUCACAGUUCUGUGAUACUGAAACAGAGCUCACACCCCUUUUUUAAACUCAAGAAGGUAGCAUGAGAAUUCUAAACAUGCACCCAUCUCAUCUAAAGCACAUCUUGUCUAUAAAGCACUUUUACUGGUCCGAAUAUAAUGUGUUGCUGAUAGGCAGAAAAAAUGCAGGUGAAUUUCUGAACCAGAGGAGGAGCAGUCUUGGAGAGAAACAGGAUAGGUAAAUUAAGAAACAUGUACCAGUACAUCUGUUGGGUAAAGCAUGUACAAAAUACACACACAUCUGAAUGUGAUGUCAAAGCUGCAUUUUUUAUUUUUUGCUUUUGCUUUUUAAGUGUUCAGCUGCCACCAACAAUGCUUAGUUUGGGCAGCCUUUUAAUAAUAAAAAGCACUGCUGUUGUAUGAGGCUAUCCCCAUGUGCUGUGCUUUUGUGGAUCAUAGUGCUUCAUCAUGCCGUGUGUGCGUAGUUUCUACAGAUGGGAGAUGGAGAGAGUGAUGGCACUGCAUUAGUGGAGGAGGCACAGAAUUUAAAGCACCCAGGCAGUUCAAUCUUAUGAUGAGAUCAGAGAGCGAGAAAGAGAGACUCAGAGAGCGAAAUCUAAAUGUAGUUUGGUAUUUAUAUAGCAAGCAUGUCUUGCUGUGACUGUAGUUUUGUUUGCUGCCAAACUCUUCUACUUUGAAACAAUAUGGGUGCAAUUUGUGCCAAGUUCUGAAAGUUCAAAUACAGCCCUAAUCUGAAAUGUCUCUAAUACAAAAUCAAAAUGGCACAAUAGGGUCUAAUAGGUGAAAACCAAGACAAUUUCCCCUUCCACCUAUGUCACUGCCCACCUGGAACUCCCUCUCCCAGUUUACAUAUUCAAACAAUGAAAUCCUAAACCUGACCUUUGUCUCUGCUCACCAGCCACUCAUGAAAGGAGGGGCUCACACUCCUCUGUUGCCCAGCACAAGAGAACUGUUUUUGUCAGUCACCCAUUACCUUCCUUUGUACUACAUGAUGGUUCUUCUCCCCAGGCUAUUCCUGGCAAGGAAACGGAUUCAGCCUGCAUUUUUACACUGCUGAGCUGUCUUGGACCUGGGUGAAAACUUCAUGCAUUUAGGAACCUCCUACAUUUACUAACUCUAGAAAUUACAUUGUUUGCAUGAAUAUGGUACCCAGGACUUUUAGUUAGGGAAAUCUGUCCCCACAAAACACUAUAUAAUAAACAAGCCCAUUUAAACAGUGUGAUGGUUGAAAACAACAAUCAAAGCAGGAGACUCAAGUCAAGAAAUCUGGGAAACGCCUGUUGAAAUGGGAGUGUCUUCAAGAAUGCCAGUACCAAUGUAAGGUAAAGGGCCAUUAAGUCCAAUUGCGGACGACUCUGGGGUUGCAGCGCUCAUCUCGCUUUACUGGCUGAGGGACCCAGUGUUUGUCCGCAGACAGCUUCUGGGUCAUGUGGCCAGCAUGACUAACUGCUUCUGGUGAACCAGAGCAGUGCACGGAAAUGCCGUUCACCUUCCCGCCAGAGCGGUAUCAGUUUAUCUACUUGCACUUUGAUGUGCUUUCGAACUGCUAGGUUGGCAGGAGCAGGGACUGAGAAAUGGGAGCUCACUCUGUCGCAGGGAUUCGAACUGCCAACCUUCUGAUUGGCAAGCCCUAGGCUCUGUGGUUUAGACCACAGCACCACCCGUGUCCAGUGUAGCCUCCCAUUUUUCAGCAGGAAAAACAUUUCACAACACUCAUGCUAUUUUUUGUUCUCCUCUAAUUCUCCUUUGAGCUGAAAUGUUAAUUUAUACAGCUACAGAUCUAUCAGGAAAAUGUAUAUAUUUGGUGUCACAUCUUAGUGGAACGGAGCUUUUGGAAGGUAUUUAUCAAUCCUGCUUUCUUUUGUAACAUUUGUCUCUGAUGCCUCUGAGCUGUAAGCAAGCCCAAAGUUUUCUCAUAACAUUUUUCUUAUUCAGUCUACAAUUUGUGAUUGAUCAAAGGAAACCGUGAUAGCAGUAUUGCUGCAGAGAUUUGGAUCCAUCUCUAUGAAGGGAGAUGGUCCCGGCUUGGUCGAGACAGGCAGGCAGGUAUCCAUGAGAUGUUCAGCAGCCCAAUCAAUUAUUCACUGGAUUGCAGUGGAGCUUUGAGACUGGAAAGUGUUGUUGGCUGAGUCAUGGUUGCUGCAAUGACAAAUUGAGGCAGUCCGCUUGAAGCUAAGAACUGCCACAUUAUCAGAGAAGAAUGGAAGGGAGCAUUUUACUUAAUAAAUAGAACUUUAUGACUGAAACUGCCAAACUAGCCAAUUGCACCUGGUGCCUUUUGAUAUGUGUUCUGUAACAGAAAGGUAUUGGUGGAACUGUAGGAAAAAUCAGUGAGGCAAACACAGGUGUAUCAUUGCAAUAUCAUAAAGUGGAUUAGGGCUUGUCCACACUUCCGCUUGUCCCAUGCCUAGAAGGCGCAAGUCAGAGUGGUUUUCUGCUUGACCUGUGCUUUCUAGGCACAAGUCCAAGCAGUUUCCCCCAUGCUCCACUCCUUUCCCAGGGGAAACCUGCUUCUUAGCUCUAAAUCAAAGCAAACAUCAAUCUGGGAAAAAACCAGAAGUGUGGGCAAGCCCUUAGCACAGACACCAACUCUAUGUGGCUGAGGACAGCUCAGCGGCCCCCCCCCCAUGCUGGAUGAGUUGAGCCCACCCCCAGUGUGUCGCACAUGUGAUGUCAUGCCAUGUGACAAGCCCCUGAAAUGUCAUGCGGAAAAUGUCAUUGGCACCUCUAGCCCUUAGUCUGAGUCAUUUAGCCACAGGUAUCUGAGGGUUGCUUGAUGACUGAGGAGGACCUGGUCCCCUCAGGAGUGGAGGGCCCUCCCCAAGUUAUUGCCUGAUUUACUUUAUCUUUCAAAACAUCUAUCCGUUGACAUGUACACUUUGUAAAAAGUGCCUCGGAUAUUCUGUUUUCUGUAUAUACGUAUAUUAAAUGUAGGCUGGUCCUUGCUUGUAAUUUUUUAUCUUGUGAACUGCCCUGAGAUCUUCAAAUGAAGGGAAGUAUAUAUAUUUUAAUAAUGAUAAUUGUUAAAUUAUUUCUGUAAUUUUUAGCCAUUUCAAGUGCGCCUCAGGUGUCUGAACAGGCUCAAUGAGGGGUAAGUGCAGUAUUGUGACGGCAGGCUCCUUCUCACUUUCCACAUCUAUUAUUUUGCAAGUAGGAAACUCCUGUGACAUUGUAAUGCCAAACUUGAAGUGAUGCCAUCCAAACAGUUAGCAAUUGAGUGGUUGCAUAAGAAUAAGCAGCAGGUAUAGGAUGCAGAUUGGGAUUGCAGUAGGAGAACAAGCAUUUUAACAUUCCCUGCCAGAUUUCAAUGGGAUCAGGUUCUAAUUGUUGCGGAUGGUGUUGUAUCUACUUUUGCCCUCUUGCAUUGGGGAGAAGCGGCAGCAGACUCUCCACCCCCCAUUGCAUUCAUUAAGCCCUGUUCAGGUGCCUAAAAUGGAUUUACUGUCAUAGAAAGCAGAGCAUCAAAGGUAUGAAAAGUGGAGGGACACAUGGAUUGGCAGCUUUGCAUGUGAAGUGUCUUAACUGAUAAACUCAUAAACUGAACACAGGGCAGCAAUGCAAUGUGGCCACUUUAAACAGUUAAUACAGCCUUAAUGCAUAAACUGAAGUACAGUGUCCAGAUCACAGGGAGUAAUAAUACAGUGGUACCUUGGGUUACAUACGCUUCAGGUUACAGACUCCGCUAACCCAGAAAUAGUGCUUCAGGUUAAGAACUUUGCUUCAGAAUAAGAACAGAAAUCGUGCUCUGGCGGUGCGGCGGCAGAGGAGGCCCCAUUAGCUAAAGUGGUGCUUCAGGUUAAGAACAGUUUCAGGUUAAGUACAGACCUCCGGAACGAAUUAAGUACUUAACUCGAGGUACCACUGUAGGUCCAUUCAAUUCUGUGUUUAUCAGGCGGCACCUGGAGUGCUGUGACCUUUUUCUAGGAUGCCACAUUUUUAGGAGGACGCUGAUUGGUUCAACUGGCACGUGUCCAGAGGAGAGUAUCCAGGAUGGUGAGGGGUCUGGGAGAUGAGUUGUAUGGGGAAUGGAAAAGCUGGGUAUGUUUAGCCAGCAGAAAAGAAGACAAAGGUGGUGGGGAUAUGACAGCGGUUUUUGAAAUAUCUCUAGAGAAUAUGGAGCAGGCUUGUUUUCUGUUGAUCCAGAGGGCAGCUGGACUAGAACCAAUGGGUAAAAUUGUCAGGAAAACAGAUUUCAGCUAUGCAGCCAUUUGGUAAGGGUUGUUCAACAGUGGAACAGGCUGCUUUCAUGCACUGUCCUUCACUGGAGUUAGUGAAGCAGAAGCUGUGAUAGCAUAUACAUUCCCCCGUGGUUGGGAUAGUUGGCUCCCUCCCUCCUUCCUCCAUUUUUCCUGCUAUUCUCUGGUGCUUGAAACACUGUCAACAGGAACAUGCCAGCCAACACGGGAUACAAAACUUUCCCAUGGUGCCUGAUGCUGGGUGUUCUGGAUAAAAUUACUUGUUCCAAGGCUACUGGGGCCUGGAAUGAUGAUUUGACAAUGUUCUAGGUACUGGGGAGAAGGGGGAGAUACGCCUCCUUCCCUUCUCUGCCAACCACAGCUGUAUAUGUACAGUGUGGGGACUCUCUAAUUAUGACUGGGAACUCUAAAUUCAUUUAUAACUCUUUGGCAUGGGAGGGGGGAAAUUGCGCCCCCCCCAAGCAAUGUCCAUUUUAUUUCCCGCAGAAGUCUCCUGUUACUAAAGCAGAUGUCACAAAAUGCAUGGAAGCUAUAUGCACCCUAGUGCAUGCCUUUUACAUCCUUCGAAAGGUGAGUGAUACCUCGGGUUACAUACACUUCAGGUUACAUAUGCUUCAGGUUACAGACUCUGCUAAUCCAGAAAUAGUGCCUCAGGUUAAGAACUUUGCUUCAGGAUAAGAACAGAAAUCGUGCUCCGGCGGCGUGGCAGCAGCAGGAAGCCCCAUUAACUAAAGUAGUGCUUCAGGUUAAGAACAGUUUCAGGUUAAGAACAGACCUCCAGAACGAAUUAAGUACUUAAACCGAGGUACCACUGUAUAGUGGAGACUGAGCCCCAUGGCAGACCACAGGGAAUGUGUGGCAUGGCACAGCAUGCUUAGCAUGAAGCAGAAAACAUAACCCAUCAGAUAAGUACAACAAAAAUGUUUGCUCUCCCCCAUGCCCUUAUUUUCAAGACAGAAUGCCGACUCCUUCUGUACAUUUGGAAGGAUUGUCGCUUCCUUGCAGGGUGCAAUUACCAGCCAUGUAACAGCGUGGGUGUUGUGUUUAAUUAUAGCAGACACCUAGGGAGCCUAAUAAAAUAAUUGAGAUGUUUCAUUUUUCCAUGAAGAGAGAAACCAAUUUUUAUUUAAAAGCUGAGGACUCUUAAUGCAGUAAGUUUUGAAACAAGUAGACUUUGAGGGACGGGUGUCUGCAUCCAGUUUCACCAUCCCUGCCUGCAGCCAUGGACUGUCUGCCAACCUUGUGUCCCUGGGAACCUGAGCAGUCUGGCUGCAGUCUGUGCUACCUAAGAUAGUGAACGUAAGCUUGCACCUCAAGGGCACCUCCUGCCCUCAUUCAAGCUUGAAUAGGCAAUAGAAUUUCCAGCCUGACAUUCUGUCUUGGCUUUGAGGAGGCUAGAAAGUCAUUUGGGUUUGUUUGCAUUUUGUCAUGUGGUAAACUUCCAUGUUCUGAAUUAUGAUGCUGGAGGAGAUUCUUGAGAGUCCCAUGGACAGCAAGAAGAUCAAACCUAUCCAUUCUUAAGGAAAUCAGCCCUGAGUGCUCACUGGAAGGACAGAUCGUCAAGCUGAGGCUCCAAUACUUUGGCCACCUCAUGAGAAGAGAAGACUCCCUGGAAAAGAUCCUGAUGUUGGGAAAGAUUGAGGGCACAAGGAGAAGGGGACGACAGACGACGAGAUGGUUGGAUAGUGUUCUCGAAGCUACCAGCAUGAGUUUGACCAAACUGUGGGAGGCAGUGGAAGACAGGAGCGCCUGGCGUGCUCUGUUCCAUGGGGUUACAAAGAGUCGGACACGACUAAACAACUAAACAACAACAACAACAAACUUUCAUGUCUCAUGUGUUGCACAUUGGGAUCGACUGUCCUAAGACUACUGUCAGUAAUAUAUUUUAUUUAUUUAUUUUUGCAUAUACACUUAAAAUCCUUCCAUUUGGGAAAGCUAAACAUAGUGUUAAAAAUUACAGGUUAUACCAUUUAUUUAAAAAAAGGAAAUGGGCCAUCUGCCUGAAACAUGUGCUUGGUGGGGUAGUAGCCCAGUGUUUGACUUGAUGGUCAGACAAAAUUGUGAAGAAACUGAGCUUACACCACAGCUUGAGAACCCACAUAACUUAAAAUGCUUCAGCCCCCUGCCACCCAAUGCUAGCCCUUAAAUAGUGGAGCUCCGCCCCCCCCGGUGCAUUUAGCUUAUUCAUUGUACAGCUUUUGCUAUAUACUGAAGAUCCAGCUCUUUACACUAGCCUUGGACCCACCUUUUUCUGCAUUUAUGCUGUUUUGUUCCAUCUGGAAGUGGUUUUUAAUUUAUUUUAUAAGUGUGAUGAUUUUAUCUUUUUUAUAACUAAACUGUUUUGUUAUAGCCCACCCUGGGACAAAGGCCAGGUAAAAAAUCAUAUAAAUAAAUACUCAAAAAAACCUAGAAUGAGAGAACUGUUUUGCAUAUUAGAAGAGCAGGCCUAUAAUGCUGGCAGGUAAGACUGCGCUUGAAUGGAAGAGCAGGGAGGGAAUUAAAAGAAACUCAUUCUCCCCCACUUCCUGCACAUGAAAUGCUUCAAUGUUUUGUUGUUUUGAGUGGACUGUGAAAUGGACAGAAGCCUUUGACCCAUUACAUUAGGGCAGGAAAUGUACUAACUUAGCUUUUGGGAAACUCAUGUAACCAGAUCAGGUUGCCUGAUAACAUCUUCAUCACUGCUUGCAUGGUCCCUGGGAUCAGGAAGAAGUAUUGUUCUUUUUUUAAAAAAGAUAAAAAUGGAAUAAGACGCAUAUAUGUAUGGGAAGCAAACAGCAACUUGAAGGAGGGAUUUCAUUAAAUUUCUUUAACACACACACCUUCCCCUGCCCCAAGAGUUGGGUGUGUGUGUGAAUGUUUCAUUCAUCCCCACUGUCAAUCUCUGCUGGGGUACCUUUUUUGUGGGGUGGGGGUGGAAUGAGGUGCUCCUGUCAGCUUUCUGUGGGAUUCUUUUCAUUUCCAGGGAUGCCAUUAUUAUGGUUCAGGCUAGAUGUGCCAAGUUUACAUUGCAGAUCCACACUGGGCAUGCGUGAGGUUAAUCUGCAUCAGCAGGGCUCACUGGAGCAAUUGAAAUACUAGGUGCAAUUACUUCAAAAGGCUGAAUUCUCAUUCCAUUCUUAUUAUCUUUCCAUCUGGGUUUGGCUCCACUUCCUGUGACCAUCAAAACACCAGAAGUCUCAGUGAAAGAGAUGAAUACAGAGUAAUCUUCAGUUUCCCAUAAUAUGUGGGGGAAUGAAACUGCAGGACAAGUAAUGUCAGUCCCCCACAUUAUACAACACUCUCUAUUCUGUCUUUGCAGUGGACUUAAUCUGACGCUAAUCUUUUCUGAAUAACUUGUCCCUGGCUGAAUUUCUGUGAGUUGCAUUUUUUUUUAUGGGGGCCCUGUAUUGGUGUUGACUUAGAAAAUAAUAGCUUAAACUAAAAUAAAAAAACAAUCCCCUUUCAUAAUACCAUGUCAUCAAAGAAUAAAAGGAAGGUGUGGCAGUUUGCUUCCUUUAACUUGGGGGGGGGGAGCAUGACUGUGUUGUUAAUGUCUGAUCAAAAAUGAUUCUCAUGGGAGCUCUCAAACUAAAACAUUAAUUGGAACUCAAAGGAUCUCCCAUCCUGAGACCAGGCUGUGGGUCUGAAGGGAAGCCAACCGUCAAGUAUGCCUCUCUAUCUCCCAUGGUGGCAAUGAAUCAUAAGGGGUGCAUAACGUAUCACACAUAAAAAUAAAAAAAAAGGUGUAUAUCAAUGUUGUGUAUAAUGUAUGAAUUUAAUAAAUAUAAAUUUUAUUAGACGUUAACUGGAUAGGGAACCAGCAGCUGUCAAAUAUAUGGCCCCUGACCCAGAUUUUGCUUCUGGUAACAGUAGUCAUAACUGUUUAGAAGUUGUAGGGCUUGGAGUUUAUCUCUGCUGAAGAGAAUCUGAAAAGAAGAAACUAGAAACAAUGGAUUAGCAGCAGCUGAAAAUGAAAUAUAGCAGCAGUGCCAGUGCCCACACACACUCUGACGUAGUGUGACAUUUGUCACCUCUGCAGUAAAGCUCCCUCUAGAGCAGGGUUUCCCAAACUUGAGUCUCUAUGUGUUCUUGCACUACAAGUUCCACCAUCCCUGACCACUGGUCCUGCUAGCUUAGGGAUGAUGGGAGUUGUAGUCUAAAAAAAAACAGAUGUAAGACCCAAGUUUGGGAAACCCUGCUCUAGACUUCCAGCACAAAACAGAAGUGUAGGUCAGUUUCAUCAACUUCGCAAUCUUCAUGUAAACCACAUGUAAGCAAUUUGUGGCUCAGAGGCCCCAUACAGCCCCCAGAGGCUUUCGGUGUACAGUGGUACCUCGGGUUACAGACGCUUCAGUGUACAGACUCCGUUAACCCAGAAUUAGUACCUCGGGUUAAGAACUUUGCUUCAGGAUGAGAAUAGAAAUCGCGCACUGGGGCGCAGCAGCAGCGGUAGGCCCCAUUAGCUAAAGUGGUACCUCAGGUUAAGAACAGUUUCAGGUUAAGAACAGACCUCCAGAACGAAUUAAGUUCUUUACCUGAGGUACCACUGUAACUGAGCUGCCCCAUAUUCCCAGUUGACGUUUUUUAUGCUUCCAAGAAACUUUGAAAGUACAAGGUGCCCUUCCCUGCUCCAACACAAACAUUCCAUAUCUAUAGAUCCAUAGGAUAGGUCAAAGCAUUUACAAUUAUAUCAAGCCAUCAAAAGCAUAAUAAAAUUUACAAUUCAAGCCCAUCAGCCGUCAUAUUACUAUACAGCUGAAAUAUUCAAAAGGGCUGGAGGAAAAGAAAAAUUGUCUGUCUUCUGUCUUCAGUUCUCCAGCAGAAAUCUACCACUCGCUAACUUACUCUUUUUAAAAAACAACUAAAGCAGCAGCCGAACAAAACUGGAAGUAACAGGCAUCUUACCUGGAACCUUCAUGUUUGCAAAGCACGAAGGGUCCAGGUAAGAAGCCAAUCAAUGAUUUGGAAUAUUUUAAGUAGAUGUUCUGGUAUAACCACUGCAUAGUUUGGAAUGCACAAACCUUUUUUUACCCUGUGCUUGUGUGACUGUAAAGCUGCUGAAUUCACAGUACAGUGGUACCUCGGGUUAAGUACUUAAUUCGUUCCGGAGGUCUGUACUUAACCUGAAACUGUUCUUAACCUGAAGCACCACUUUAGCUAAUGGGGCCUCCUGCUGCUGCAGCACCGCUGCAGCACGAUUUCUGUUCUCAUCCUGUAGCAAAGUUCUUAACCUGAGGUACUAUUUCUGGGUCAGCGGAGUCUGUAACAUGAAGCGUAUGUAACCUGAAACGUAUGUAACCCGAGGUACCACUGUACCUUGAGAGAAUGGCUGUGUUGAUGCUGAACUCUGCAGCUUUUUGCAGGCAAAUAGUCACUGCAAAAUAAAAAAGCUUUGCCUUUUAAGUAUUUGUAUUUUCAUGGCUCUUAAUUUUUUUAUUCCUCUUAUAUCCAUUGUGGAAGUCUCAUGGCAACAUUGUGGCAAAUCAUUUUUGAAUUAGCAAUAGUUUUCAGCAGAACAAAUGAUGAAGGGAGGUGGUCAUGAGAUCAGAAGCCUCUUGUCCUUUCUUCUCUGCCACUCCCCACCACAAAAAUAAAACCCGAAACUAGAGAAAAGAUGGAACUAGUAGCUUUAGCAUUGUCUGUUUUAUUUAUCUUUUCUAGUCUAAAGACUCCAAGGCAGAUUUCAACUAACAGUAAAAAUCACAAAGGUGAAAGCAUCCUAAAACUAAUAGUACUAACAUAAAACAGCAGUGCAUAAUGAAAAUGAACACUGAUCAAUAGAAGCUUUGGUAAAUAGAAUAGCCUUGGAAACUCUUUGUAUUUGAAAUAGCAGAAUCAAAGGACUGCAGUACAGAUUUGUUUUCUGAAACAAAAAUGGAAAUACAUUUCAAAAUUGGCUUCUUAAUUAAUAGUUUUGCCAAAACAUUUGAACAGUUUAAUUGGGGUAUAUGAAAUAUUGAAACUGUGUUUUAAUGUGCCUUUUGAAAAAAUUAGACUGAAAGCAAAAUGUGGAUCCUAAAGCUUAACAUUGCCCUAAAGGGCCUAGGCAGGCAGUUUAUGGUUCAUUUGCUUAACUUGAAAAAUUCAUAGCAAGCGGCUGCAUCUCUCAGGCCAGAAAUAAAAGCACCCCACCCCUUCCCUGCUUUGCAGGAGAGGCCGGGUGGAAUUCAGUAAGCAGAAACCAUCUCUUUUGAUAGCUGCAGGCUGAAGAUUUCAAGCUGUGGACACAGGACCUCUUCCUGACAACAGCCUUUGAGGAGCAGCAGAAGAAAACCCCUCCCCUGCAUUUCUCAUAGUCCAUGGAGAACUUUCACUGGGCUGGAGAGCUUAGGAGCGGGAGGGGGAAGGGGCUGUCUCACCAAAUGCCCUGCUUGGACUCACUCAGAAGUGAGAAAGAUAUCAAAGUUUUGGAGUCUCCAGAGUUUGGCCCAAAGUAAAGGAAUACAGUGGUACCUCGGGUUAAGCACUUAAUUCAUUCCGGAGGUCUGUUCUUAACCUGAAACUGUUCUUAGCCUGAAGCACCACUUUAGCUAAUGGGGCCUCCUGCUGCUGCCGCCGCGCUGCUACCGCCGCACAAUUUCUGUUCUCAUCCUGAAGCAAAGCAAAGCAAAGCAAAGCAAAGCAAAGCAAAGCAAAGCAAAGCAAAGCAAAGCAAAGCAAAGCAAAUAUUACCCAAGGUAUUUCUGGGUUAGCGGAGUCUGUAACCUGAAGCGUAUGUAACCUGAGGUACUACUGUGGCUGGGUACUUGUCUGAGUUUGUCAGUCUUUUAUUUUAUGUGAUAGAUUCUUGGAAUAUUUGAAUUUCUUUCAGCCAGGGGUGAAACCAAUCCCUACGUUCACACAAGUGAUCUCAGUAUGCCAGAGGAUUUAAAUGAGAGUCAAAAUCCCACAACAAGUGGAGGGGUGCUCAGGCAAGCCAAGAUUUGUGGCCUGCCAAUUGGCUGUAUUUCUGUUUGGAAGCUAAUCUUGGGGGCUCCAAAGUGAUUAGUUUUUUAAGCUGAGGUGCUGAGGUGUCUCUCUCUCUCUAUUUUUUCUUUUUACUGUAUUUUACAAAAUGUAUACACUGCUUGAUUGUUCAAAAAAGCAACCACCACACAACCCUCAAAACGGGUUACAAAGAGAAUAAAAUAAACAGCAAAAACAGUUAAAAACAAUGAUAUAAAACAUUUUUUUAAAAUCAGCAAUAAACCAAAACAUGCAUCAACAUUUUACAUGCCUGGGUCGGCUUGUCUCAAAACCUUGUUUUAACAAGGUCUGGAAAGAAUAUAGUGGUGGUGCCUGCCUGAUGCCAAUAGGCAGGGAGUUCCAAAGUGUUAAGUGCUGUCACACUAAAAGAUUUGAUGUGGAAUGGGAAUUAUGGGGCACCUGUAACAGUGCCAGUUCAGCAGAUCAAAACAGUUGAGUGUGCAUAUAUGGAGUAAUAGUAAUAAUCAUAAUUUUAUUAUUUAUACCCCGCCCAUCAGACUGGGUUUCCCCAGCCACUCUGGGUAGUUUACAACAUACCUAGAAACAUCCAUCCUUAAAAAUUUCCCUAAACAAAGCUGUCUUCAUAUGUCUUCUAAAAGUCAGAUAGCUGUUUAUUUUCUUGACAUCUGAAGGGAGGGCGUUCCACAGACAAUCUCACAGGUAAAAUGGUCCCAAGUUAAGGGCUUGCUCUCAUGAUAAGGUGCAAAAGGAACACUUAUUCUGAAGAGGAACAGUUUCUAAAGGUAGUACAUUGUCCACCACUCUUGACUGCUGGGCUAGGCUUGGUCAGACUUGCUAUAAUGGGGGUUGCUACAUUCGAGAUGAUUUCCCAGGGUCCUGGAUUGUCAGAAAUACAACUGGGAACAGGUAGUGGCUUUGGGUCUCCUGGCCAUCAGUCAUGAUGAUGGUGAUGAUAUUAUUUAUAUCCUGCCAUUUCGCCAGACUCAAGGCGGCUUUACACAAGUACGAUUCUAAGAGGGUUGCUUUUAAUUCUGUGGCAACAUAAUACAGCCUGUUCCUAACGCUUCUGUAACAUGAAGAUGACACCAUGUUAAAUUUCUCUAUAUUUGGCUAAGCAAAUUAUCCAGCUAUUCUCUGCAGCUGUUAUUGACGUUUUCCUGUUGGGACUCUCAAGAAAUCUGUUUUACGUAUCUCAUGGUUCAAUCAUGAGUCAGAAUCUUUGGUGUAUACGGAGCUAAUAUUGAGAUUUGGGUCUCAUAGGGCAGUUGGCAUGAUAUUUCAUCCUAGGAUGAUUGCAAAUGUCCCAUGAAAGUGUAGGGGGGUGGGAAGACAAAAAAACGCUUUGCUCCACCUAAAUACAUUAGUCGGCUUCUUCUUUCCGUGUCGAGUAGAAAUGUGUGAGACUUCGUAAAUGUCAUGGGUUUCUUCAGACUUGCUCAGAGGGCAUAUGAUUUUGCUAGAUGGUUCAAAGUUUGCCUGAAGGGCAUGUUUGUGGAAAUAACAUGUUUAUCCAGAGCAGCCACCACAUGGUACUUUAUUCCUCCAACCUUUAAUUUCCAUGGAGUCUGGAUCUUCCACAAGAUUGUGGGGGGCUGCAUAUCUUUGUUUUGACCCCGUGCUUGCCUUUGCAUAAAACAAAGAGAAGGAAUUGAAACUCUGUGAAUGGCUGGUAACAAUUAAUAUGGGGGGGGGGAACUGCUAUCUAAAUAAAAUGAAAUAUUAACAGAGUAAAUUGUCGGGGGGGGGGGUUAUCCAGGAGAGAGUUAGAUUACAAAUGAAGAAGCCUGUGAUUCCCAAUCAGAGUUUGCAGACCACACAACUAAAGCUGGAUUCUUAACAAUGGCAAGGAAGCCACAGCCAUGCCUUGCCUUCUCAUGUCUCUGUGCAGUUGUGCUAUACAAUGCACUCUGUCUCCUCCCCAUUCCUGCUUAGCCCAGCUUCCCAAGGUCUGGUGAAGGGUCAGUGUCUCUGUAGGUUUCACUGACAUGGUCAGCAUGGGAAGCAGCAGUGCCUAAGCAAUGUGCUAUUUGACUAUUUUGGGGCAUUUGCUAUUUUGGCCACUUCUCAUAAAUUCCCUUUACAGUGGUACCUUGGGUUACAUACACUUCAGGUUACAUACGCUUCAGGUUACAGACUCCGCUAACCCAGAAAUAUUAGCUCGGGUUAAGAACUUUGCUUCAGAAUGAGAACAGAAAUCGUGCUCCGGUGGUGUGGCAGCAGCAGGAGGCCCCAUUAGCUAAAGUGGUGCUUCAGGUUAAGAACAGUUUCAGGUUAAGAAUGGACCUCUGGAACGAAUUAAGUACAUAACCAGAGGUACCACUGUAUUUAAAAUAGAUUUUUUGGGGCCACCUCUGAAGGGCAAGAAAUUCUCUUAAAGGUAAGAAAUCCUCCCAAGGGGGUUCACAUUGUGUAACACAAUGCAAUUACUGUUACAAUCUCCAAUGAAAUUAAUAAAAAACCAGAAGUACACACCACCUAGCUGCAAAAAUUAUCCAAGUAAGACCAGCUUCAGGCAAAAUCAUUCUAACAGCAAGCCAUGAAAACAAAUGAGGCUUCACGGCUUUACCGAAUGCCUGCGUUGAUGGGGCCUGACGGUUCUCAGCUGUUGUUCUGCUCCAGCGACUUUAGAAAAAUUCCCUAUAAUCUGGCGUAUUGGAGAGGAAUGGCAGAAUCGGGUCCUGCAGCAAAAUGCGUAUUUCAGUGGGAGUAAGGUGAAACAAACAAACAAACAAAAAGCACAACCUUUUGGAUACACAUUCUGGGCACACACUCUGGACAGUCUAACAAAAUGCCUUCAUCUAGUGUAAUCAAUGAUGCAUUCAAAUGGAAAAAAGUAUUGACCUGUGAGGAAAAUAUAUCAUUCAGCAUUCCUUGUUUAGAGAUCAAGAGUUGGGCACCUUGAACAUAAAUUUAAUGCUCAUUAAUCAGUGCUAGUGAUUGAGUCAGUAGUCCCAUACAAAAACGUCUCAUGCCGCACUCCAAGCAAUUUGAACUUGUUGAAUAUAAAUAUGGAAACUCGAAAGUGUAACGAUCCAGGAUAUGGAAUCAUCACUCCUCUGGAGCAGCAGUUGAAGUUGUGAAGCAGACCUUCCCAGAGUUUUUCUCAGGGUGUGUUUGGUUCAUAAAUGGAUGUUAAAGCAAGACUCAGAAUAUCUGCUCAUGGCCUCCAGAGGCCAUGUACUCAACCACCAAGGAAGUUGCUAGACUGAGCUUUGUUUAGCAUGCCUCUGCAGUGCAAGCAACACCUGGACCUCGUAUAAGUAUGAUGACAAUAUUUGUUAGUGCUGUUUUGUUGGGUCGCCAACUAGAACUCAAUUGUGGUACAGGUUUUUGUGUGUGCGCUAAAUCAAGGAGUUUGCUAACUUGGUUGUAUUUGGGGGGGAAUGCUAUUGGUCUCUUGUGCUUCAUGUGGGCUUCACCUGGAUGGCCACUUUGAUAACAGGAUGUUGAACUAGAUAACCUUUGGUCUGAUCCUAUAUGACUCUUAGUAUGUGUCUCAUGCUUUGAUGGGGGAAAGAUGGUGAAGUAGUUAUGUCUAGUGCUUUUUUCUGGGGGUACGCAAACCCCUAAACAUUUUGUGAAUAUUUGUACUUUUGUCCAUUUACUGUAUUUAUUUUUCCCAAUUUGAACUAUAAAAUGGUGAUUUUCCUGAGUCAAAAUGAGAGUACCCCUAAACAUUUCUUUAAAGAAAAAAAGCACUGGUUAUAACUCUGCUCCUAGAGACACCUGUGCUUCCUUUAACAUUCAACAACAACUUUAAUCAAUUCCUCCAAAACUUUCCUUCCUUCCUUCCUUCCUUCCUUCCUUCCAUCCCACACUUCUUGUUGUCCUUCUACCAACAGGUGGAGAGCUCUUUAUUCCAUCAGGCCUUUAGGAACUGACUGGAAAGGGCAAGUGCUGUGAUGUUUGUUGCUGCUGUUGUCUGUAUUUUUAAUAGAUCCUUUAAAUAUUGUUUUAAUUCUGUUAGUGCUAAAUUGCUUUUUAAUGACUAUCUUUUCUAUGUUUUAACUUUUUUCCUGUUUGAUCUGUGAGCCACCUUGAACCCCAGUUUUUUAAAAAAGGCAGCAUAUAAAUAAAUACAAUAAUAAUUCUGAGCUGAAAGUUUAAAAAUUUAGACUUUCAACUUUGCCUUUUGUAUAUGUUGGUGUGAAACAAGCCCAACAGCUUUUUGCUCAUAGUCUGUAUUGUUCUAUUUUAUAAAAGUUUUUGCUUUUCACAGCAGGAAAUGAGCCAAUUCUUGGAGCAUUGCCACGAUACUUCUAGGUAUGUUAGAGGAAGGUUGUGCUGGAAAUGUUGGUAUGCAUCUCGGCAUGCAUUGUAGUGUCUGCAUGGGUAAGAGAGCACAGGGAGAGGAACAUCCAACUUUCUUAGACACUACUUUCUGACCUAAUCUGUGCUGACCUUACAUCAGGUGCUGGACUGAUGCUCUGAGAGUUGCUGACCUCACUUCCUACUUCCUUCCUUCCUCUUGCUCCCCUUCCCUUGGUGGGGGAGACAUAUUGGUGUGUCUCUCCUGCUGAGAUGAAAAAGCAAGCAAGGCCCUUAGUUAGGUAUAGGAUCAGGGUGGAUUUGAUUUAAAUCAAAUCAAUUUAAAUCACUAGUCAGUAAGACUUGAUUUAAAUCACUAGUCAGUAAGACUUGAUUUAAAUCACUAGUCAGUAAGACUUGAUUUAAAUCACUAGUCAGUAAGACUUGAUUUAAAUCUUUCUUUCUUUUUUACAGAAAGCCUCAUUCUUGCUGGUAUAAUCAUAAUAUUUACAAUCAGAUGAAGGUUUCAUUUUUGGAAUAAUAAAUUUUCAGAGUAGUUUUUAUAGUUAUAUCAAAAAUUACUGAUUUGGUUAUACUAUUAGAAAUACAUAGACAGAUAAUUAUGAAAUUAUUCUGAGCUUUAAUAAGUUAACUGUUUAUAUUUGGACAACUUUUCUGCUAUACUUUAUUGGAAGGAGAAAAAUAAUCAUUUCCUUAAUAACAAUUUAAACAACGUAUUUAACUAAAACAAUGGCCAUGCUGGGUUGGAUUGAUGGGAAUCAAAGCCCCAACAUCUGGAGGCCUACCGGUUCUCUAUUCCUGCUUUAGAGCAUGUUAGCAUUUUGGCUUUGCUUUGAUACUUGGAUCAGGUUCAUUAUACUUAUGCACUUACUUCCGCUCUCUCUUUUCACUUAACAAAAAUCGAUAAAAUAGCUAUCUAGAAUACAAUUUGUGUAGACCAAAUACCAGCACUUCUGCUCUUAUUUAGUAUGUCAAGUGUGUUUUGAGAUCGCGUGAGCUAUCUUUAGAAAAGGGAACUGUAUAUGUAUUGGGCAGAUUGAUCGUCUUUCCAUCCCAUUGGCUAGAUCUCUUGUUGGCCUAGUUUACUGCACUACAUCAAAUUUCAAAAUGCCCAAGGGGAGUCAGCCUUGUGUUAAACACUGCAAAAAGAAACCAGCAACACACUUUAAACAACAACAACAACAACAAUGCUUGACAGUACAAUUUAAAAGAAAAAAACAGAAGGCAAUGAACUCUAGAGCAGGGCUGGGGACUUUGUGGCUCUUGAUGUUUUUGGGCUCCAGCUCCCAUCAGUCCUGGGCAGCAUGGACAGAGGUAAGGGAUGAUGGGAGCUAUAGUCCCACAACAUCUGGAGGGCUACCCCUUCCCUGCUCUAGAACUAUUUUAAUAGGAAGUGGAUGGGAUGUUCUGCUUUUAAGGUGUGCAGGAAUUGGACAUGUGAUUUAACCUAGAACAGCUGGUUUAUUUUGCUAGAGAUGCACACAUUUGUAGAUGUUCCAGAGCAAUGAAGUCCACUUCUAACUUGAUCCCAGCACUGAUAGCCUCCCUCCCUGCCUGCCCAGGAAGGGUUUCUUAAUGUUUGAGACUAUGUGUGGAGAACCAUGGGAGGGGGAAAAAUGUCUGAAAUGAGGCUGGCUGGUUUGAUGUGGCUUUUAGUACCCUCUUGCCAUAGGCGGUAAGAACUCCUGCAUGCUCCUGCAUCCUCAAGUACCUGUGCCUGACCACAUUGUGUGGACCCCUGGGGUUACAAGGAAGAGAAGCACUUUCAGCAUACAGAUUAUAACUGAAUCAAAAAUGUGACAUUUCAGAAGAAGCAUUGCAUGUUGAGCAUAUUUACUUGAAGGCCAACUCCAUAAAAAUCAAUAGGACAUAUUCUGAGAAAAUAUGAUUUUUGGACGAGAGCACUAACGUGAAACAUAUGUUGCUGUUUCUCUUCCAGGAAUCUAGCAUAUAGGGCAAAGUUUCCCCUUCCCUAAAGUGUGCUGUGUUCUUCCCUAUUUUUCUUCUUCUUGCACCACCACUGUAUCUUGUAGGUGUCUUGCAAAUGGACUCCUGCUACCACCAUCACUGCAACUCCUCCUCCUAACUUGUGCUAUCUCUUUCUCUGCCUUGGCCAUAUGAGCACACACUAGCAUGACUAAAUGAAAUCACAUUCUUGCCUUUUUAAUAGAACCAGAAAUGGCUAUCCUAGUAUAACCGCCCCCCUUGAAUUCCCAAGCCUCCCCACUCUUCUGCCAGCCGAAGCAAAGGCAGACUCAUGGCUGAUAACAAAGCUCUCCCACCCGCUAUAAUUAAUGAGAUAAAAGCACAUAGAGCAGAAGUUUAUCUGGGAGAUGCUGUGAGAAGAAAGUUUAUUCUGCAGCUGCCUUCAGUGAAUUUCCAUUCCAGUCGUGUUUGGCUUCGGAACUGGAAGAAAUUGCAAACUCUCAAAAAUAUCAACCCACAAGGAGAAGAACUGGGUAGGUUUCAGGGCUGCUUCUGCUCUGCUACCCAGUUUUCUCAGCAGGGUGAUCAGUGUGGUGAACUAGUCAGAGAGGUAGGCGAGGACUGGGGUGGGGGGAACCUUGGUUUCAAUUCCUACUUUAUCAUGUAUCUCACUGGUUGACCUUGGCCAGCCAACCUCUCUCUGUCUAGCCUGACUUACAAGAGUGUUUAUAGGGUAAACCUGGGGCAGAGCCCCAUUUGAUGUUGUGGGCUCCUUGAAAGAAGGUGAAGUUAGCAGUGGAACAAGCGUUUAGUUACUGUGUGUUUUGUAAGUAAGAAUGCACCUAUCCAACUGGCUAAGCAUCUAAACCCACAGGUUCAUCCUUGACAUACACAAGAUAAAUUGAGGAGGAUCUCUAAAUUUUGUAAGCAUAGGACUGAAUGAAUGCCAAUUCUUCCAUGGCCAAAGAACACAGUUGUUUUGGGAUGCAAUACAUCAUUGCGUCAAAUCGUUUUUGCAUUAAAACCAAAUGCAUCUCCUCCUUGAAUUUGUGGCUGGAUUUGACCCUGCUUUUCUCUAACCUCUAGUCUUUCUCAUUUCAGCUUCUGCCCAAGCCAGCGACUACCUGUGAGUCACCAUGGCAACCAAGCAACCUCCCCCUCUGAUGAAGAAGCACAGCCAGACAGACCUUGUGAGCCGCCUGAAGACACGCAAGAUCCUAGGGGUUGGAGGGGAGGAUGAUGAUGGAGAAGUUCAUAGGUCAAAGGUAACAAACAUUUCAGUUUUCACACCGCUCUGGUUAUCUGAAGGUUGGGGAGGUUGGCAUUCAGCAAAGGGCUGCAAUUCUGGUUACUGCCCAGCAAUGGGAAGACCUUUAACAAACUAUCACCCACAAUUAAGUUGGAGGUCUUUAGGAUCCUUCUCAGCCCUAAGGCAGGUUAUUGCUCCAUGGAAUGACUAAAUAGUUCAUGCUAAAGUUAGUAGCAAAGGAGGGAAGACCUUUUGUUUAAGCUAAGAAAUAAUUGCAGCUCCUCAAGAGUAUCAGCAGUGAUAAGGCUAUAUAGGAAGCCAAGCAGAGGAGAGAUGAAGGAAUUUGAUAUUCCAGACUUUUGUUCACUUUGCCCUACAAUUAUUAUCUUGUUCAACCUGCUUUCUAAUCAAUUGUACAACAGUUGUGUGUUGUACCCGACAAACAGAGCUCUUGUGUAUCUCAUUUAAUUGCAAAAUCUAGUGCAGGAGAUGAUAGAUUCACAGCCGUGGGUUGAAUUACAAGGCCUAUGGGGGUGGCUAGUUAAAGCUGCAGUUCUCACCUCAUUAGAGACAUGUCUUUGUAGAUGUAGGAAUAUUCUCUGUAAAGUGUUUCUAUUCCCCCCAUGAACAGAGAAGUUUGAUUCCUAUAUACCUUCUGCAUACACAGUCCUCAUUCUACAAGUAUGUGGUUGGUCACUGUAAGAAAAGAAUGCAGGGUUUAGGUGGGCCUUUGGCCAGAUCCAUCAGGGAUCUUCUUAGGUUCUUUUCCUUCAGUGCUGCAGCCAUACAUCAUCACUUCUUCUUUUUCCUGCAUCUGCAAAACCAAUCUUUCUCUCUGGGCAUUUUCCACAUAUCCCAGAUCAAAGCUGUGCUUCAAAAUGCAGACUGUCCAAAAGCCGUUCUACAAAAAGUGUGUAAUUUGUCAUGGACUCAAGUUAGGAGCUUAAUAUAUCCUCUUGAGCUAUCGGAGCUCUUUUGUGUGUUGGGAGACGGUUUUUUUGUUCUUUACCACUUUGUGCGCAAGCCAUAACUGCAAUACAGACUUGAACUGGUGUAAUAUUCUUUAACUUUCCCCUAGGUGCUGCGGUUCUGUGUGGGAGGCUGGAGAUCUUGAGCUGAGGGCUCUCAGCAGCCUCAACAAAUUACAAUUCUUUGCAGGGAAUCUGUGAUAACUUAAAAUUUAUAUAAAACCAAUCUAAAGAUGUAUAGUGUAGAUUUGGCUACAGUUUCUGCUCCUGGGCGCAAUAUUUAGGAAUGCAAAAACAACUUCAGAAUAUGUAGCAGGUAGUGAUAGCUGGUAGGGGCUCUCGUUGUCUGAUGACCCAGGAAUAAUGGGGGUGGUGUUUUUAAAUCUAUCCCCUGCUAGAACUAGGGAUGCAGGAGAAAUUCGGUUCAAUUCGCACUUAAAGGAAAACAUCUAACUGAAACCUCCUGAAACAUUGCACAAACCAAAGGCAGCCGGAGGGGGUGGGAUUUCCACUUGAUGACUGUGGUGAAAUUAACAAGACGUUAGUGCUGGUUUGCUUCCCUCCCUUCCUUUUUAUGGUGUAGGCCAGGGGUCAGCAACCUUUUUCAACUGUGGGCCGGUCCACCAUCCCUCAGACCAUGUGGUGGGCCGGACUAUAUUUUGAAGAAAAAAAAUGAAUGAAUUCCUAUGCCCCACAGAGAUGCAUUUUAAAUAAAAGCACACAUUCUACUAAUAUAAAAAACUGCUGAUUCCCAGACCUCCGUGGGCCAGACUGAGAAGGCGAUUGGGCCACAUCCGGCCCCCGGGCCUUAGGUUGCCUACCCCUGGUGUAGGAGAGCCAGUGUGGUGUAGUGGUUAAGAAUGGUAGUCUCAUAAUCUGGGGAACUGGGUUCGCGUCUCCGCUCCUCCACAUGCAAGCUGCUGGGUGACCUUGGGCUAGUCACACUUCUUUGAAGUCUCUCAGCCCCACUCACCUCACAGAGUGUUUGUUGUGGGGGAGGAAGGGAAAGGAGAAUGUUAGCCGCUUUGAGACUCCUUAAAGGGAGUGAAAGGUGGGAUAUCAAAUCCAAACUCUUCUUCUUCAAACUCUUCUAGGCUUAUAUCCCUGGUUUGAAUUCUUUCUCUUUAUCCAGGACACACACACACACACACACACACUCACAAUCCUUUGGCAAGGCUAAAUUCCUCCAGGCGCACAUCUCUUUGGUCAACCAUCUGGUGGGUGGUUGGAAGUUGUAGCCUAGAAAGAUCUAGCACGUUGACUACUCUUAGGUUAUGAAUAGGAUCCAAACACAUCACCUGAAGUAGCAGGUGUAACUUCUUGGUAAUUUAAGCAGGCUAGAGAAGAAACAAAACUGGAAAGGUAUGUGCACAAAAAAUGCAGGUAUUACGUCUUCCAAAUUGACGGGAGUGUGGGUGUCCUGUUUGCUAAUGACUUCUGGUGCAGAGAGUUCGUACUAGAAUUUUAUUUAUCUUUUAAGCGCUUAUCCUAAGGCUGUUAGGACCUUGAAAGAAAGCUGUAAAAGAAACAAAUGAGGAAAAAAAUAGAAGGAAACCGUAACAGCCUAGAACUCAGCAAGAAGUUGCUGGUGUUGAUUAAUCACUGAACAAAUCUGCUUUAACAGGGCCCCAAAGGGAAAGUUCUGAGGCACUCUUGCUAGGUCUCUUCUUCUUUUUAACUUUGCUUGUUUACAAAAAUAAGUAGAGCCAUAACUCUUAGGGGAAAACUCAAAAAUACUGAUUGUUUAAGGGAAAGGAUAACAAUGCAGACUCAGCUCUGGGGUUUUGUACAACUGUAGGAAGGCGUUUGCUCCUCUCUGUUAGUAUGCUUUGUAUCAGUGGUGCCAGAGGAUCGGAGAUAGAAGUGUAUGGAAUCUCCAUCAUAUGGUUCUGCCUGGGAUCUCUCUCUUCUCUAUUCACAGCAGCAUAUAGUUCUCUGCUUCUGCUGCAGCUUUUAGUCAACUUUGCCAUGUCAGGAGAGCUCUCUGGUGACUUUGGUAAGGCAGGGGAUUUGAGGGCUCGUGCGUCCACGUGACUCAUGCCCAUUGCUCUGUGCACACUCUGCUUUUUACACACGGCUUUUUUUUAUUAAUGGAUUGACCUUUUUGUCACUGAAUCCUAGUGGUUGCUAAGCAACUUAUUUAUAAUGACAGCUAUUCUGUGACUUUUUAAGCUGUUACCUUUUAGUCGUACAGAUGGUAGAUAACGCAGUAACCUAUUCUAAAAUUGGUUCUGCCUCUUAAUAAAUAUGUUUAAGAAGACAAGUUGUCCUGGAAGCAGUGUGUAUGUGUGUGUGUGUGUAAAAUUCAUCAUAAAUGGACGUAGAUGUCAUGGCAGCUUCUGGAGAAAUAAUUUAGCACUUUUUGGAUUUUCAUGUUUUCUUGCCAUUCUCUCUCUCUCUCUCCCCCCCCCCAUCAUGCUUUCAAAACAUCUUUGAGGACUGCGAGCUUUAAAAGAAAACAAGGACCCUAACUAUUAACACUCAGAACUUGCAGCUCUAAAAGUAGCUUUAGACAAAAAGGGUUGUUUUAUUUCCCUAGAGCCUGGAGUUAGAGCUGUAUUAAAUUUGGCAAAACCCUAGACAUGGCCAUUUUGAACUUGCUCUUGUUCUGGGGAAGUCUACCAGAGUCAGCCUUGCUACACAGUCAUGCACUAAGCUAAAUGUGUCUCCAGACUACAAGUCUCCUCCUCACAAACAUGAGAGUUGUAAGACUUAUUGAAAUUGACAAUCAACUUGGUCUGAAUCCAUCUCAUCAGAAGUAUUUGCAUGCAUCAGUUUGAAGAGGAAACUCAGCACCAUGUCAAAGACCAGGCCUGGAGAAAACCCACGUUUUCCUCAUUAUACUUUAGAAGUAUCAAUCCUUCUCUCAGCCCACCUCACCACCACAAAUCAGCUGUGUCAUCUUGGCCCCUCCUUGAAGUCUCAGGAGAUGAACCAGAGGAAGCGAUGCUAAGUUUUUCUCUCUCUGCUGUGCCCACAACUUGCCAGUUUUCAUAUUUCCCUUUGUGUCACUUACUGAAUGCAGGAAAUAACAAAGAAUUGCAUGUGCAAACUGUAUUUUUCUCCCCAGCUGGCAAUGAGAAGCUGAAGAUGGGCAGGAAGCAACCAAAGCCUGUUUAAAUUCCCUUUGUACUCAUUUCCUUCUAAAACGGCCCCUUUCUUUCUGUGACUUGUAAUUCUUGUUGAGUAUCUAGAGACUUUGCUGCUGUGAUCCAUUCUUUAGUAUUGGGGUGGCUGACUUUUGGCCUUCCCAGAUGUUGCUGGACUACAAUUCCCAUCAUCCUUCUGACCCUUCACUUUGCAGGAUGGAGCAUCUCUACAACAGGGUAAAAAAUACAUCACCUUUAACUUCACUGUUCAGUUCCUUUUACUUACAAAAAAUAAUAAUCAAAGAAGGGCUUCUGUUCUUUACUUUUGCAUCUAGUAAGGACUGAAUGGGACUCUUGAGAAGGUGCUGAACCUCACCUUUCCAGUUUCAGUUUCUCUCUACUGCUGGAUUCAAAAUUUUAUUUGUUAGCCUCUGACUGUCUCUCUUUUGGAACCAAAGCGAUGUACUGUAUUAGUAAAGAAUCCAAUUCUCCUCCUCACUUUCUUUGGUUGUCUACAGCUUUCUGCCCUUUUUAUAUGGUUCAUCUGAAGGACAAAGUGGAACUCUGCUGCAUCAGGCCAGAGGUCUAUCUAUUCUAGCAUUCUCUUAUCACAGUGGCCAACCAGAUGCCUUUUAUGUUCUGGCUCUCAGGUCCUUAACUGGCACAACCCAAGCCUGCCCCAACACGCAGUGGCCGAACACAUGUAUUACAUGCAAACAUCAUCUCUAGGUAGGGCUGGGAAAGAUUCCUGGAGGGCCAUUGCCAGUUAGCAUAGACCAGCCUUCACCAAUUGGAUGUUUUAGAUUAAAAACGCCCUAACCAGAGCGUUGUGAAGUCAAGCAGCUAAAUUGACUGAUGGCCUGAUUAGAAGGCAGCUUCAUCUGCUUCAAACAGAAGGUAUGGAUGUUUGUUCCCUGCUGAAACCUAGACUUUCUAGAGUUGAAAUGGUCUGCCCCUUUACUUUAUAGUGGCUUUGCCUAUGCUAUUGCUUAGUGACAGUUCAGAUCCUAAGGAGAGCUUGUAGUCUGUGCUGUGUUACCAAUGCUAUGCACAAUUCUGGAGUCUUCAGAGGUUGCAGAUGUGUGGUUUGAGUCACUCACAGUGUGUGGCCUAUGACCGACUAUAGAAACUGCCCCCCAUGUGUUCAGAGCCAGCAUGGCUAAUGGUCAGGAACAACGGUGGUUGUAGUCUAACAAUAUCUGGGGAGCCACAGGCUUCCAAUCUUUGGUUUAGAAUGUCAGAAAAAUAUUUAAGCUGCCAUAAUUUCACCCUGUGGGUGCAGACUAAUUCUGCAAAUUGAGAUCUGCAGAGCAAAGUAUACAUUGCACUUCAUUCUCUGUAGGAAAAUAUGUGGGCGGUAAGUCUAGGAUUCUAUACCACCCCUACCCCAUCCAGACAAUGUUUUUGCAGGCUGAGUCUGAGUCAGUUACCUUACUCUUUUCUUUGAAUUUCAGAUCAGCCAAGUUUUGGGCAAUGAAAUCAAGUUUGCUGUGAAGGAACCCUUAGGGCUCAGGUAAGUUUGCAGGAAGAAUCUCUGUGCUCAGACUACUAGCCAAGGGCAAAAUGAGCUGAAGGAAGGGCUGCAAUAUUGGCACUGAACUUCUGCAUGUAGGCUGUUUCUUCAUUGUUGUUAAUGACUUUAAGAAUAGCAGAGACUUGAGUGGAGAAUUUUUCCAACUUGGUGUGAAGUAUAUUAGGUUGUUGCAUUUGGCACAUAUCUCCUUGCACCAUGGAUUUUAAAGGAAAUUUCCCACCUGUGCAAUUUCCAAGAGGAGCAGGCAGCUACCAGUACAAGAUGCGGGAGGCAAAUGCUUAUGUUUCACCAAAGCAGUACUGUGUCCCUCACCUGAGUUUUUUGUGUGCCAGGUAGUAACCAACUGAAUAGUUCUUCACAAAGUUCACUUGGAAACUUAGGAUAUUGCUCUGUUUAGUGCAUCUCAGUACUGGAUUUUCAGUGCUGCCACAGUAACUUUUAAAGAUGAAUGCUUUGGCACAUGGGAGAAUGGCUGUAAGGAAAAGGGGUUCAAAAGAGGGAAUAGAACUUCCUAGUUCUGCUUAUGGGUGCAAGAGCCCUCUUACAAUAAAUUCUGGGCUUCUAGAGAGCAGUUUCUGAAAGAACAUACUUCUUGCAAUUGCAGUGAUGUCCUAGCUCAGAAUAUUUGAUGCAGAUUUUAGGCAUCUGUGAGCACUUUUAAAGGACACUAAAUUGAGGGUCUGGGGGAAAAGUAAGCCAUCUGCUUCCUGCAAGCAGAGGGACAGUUUGGGUGGUGCUUCAAGAUGUGAUCCAUGCCUACAUUUGUAGCUGUCCAAAUGGAGAAGGCCUGUCUGAAUAGAGCCUAUAGAAACCCUAAUUGUGUGUAGGUCAAAGUUGCAGAGGUGUCUUUGAAAGACUGGGAAGUUUUUGUCGAUGCGCCUAGGAUAUUUCACACCUCCUGUUCUCAUGAGCAACCCUUGUUUAAGACAAGUCCAGUCAUCCCCCCCCCCCCCGUUUACUUUCACAAACUCUUUGUUUCUAGCUUAAGUCAACAGAGAUGAUCUUAAUUCAGGAUUGGGAAACCCCUCCAGCUAGGCCAGGGAUGAUGGGCAUUCCCAUCCAACAUCAUCUGGAGGGCCACAGGUCUUCCCCCCAUUCCUGUCCUCAUGUCUUUCCUUAGAGAAACAAAAGUGGCCACUUUGUAUAUAAAACUGACUGGGGGAGAAUGUCGUCUUUAGACUGUUAAAAGCUUAGAUGUUCCCAUUUGACCUUUCUUGCAGGGUUUGGCAGUUUGUGACAGCUGUCAUGUUUUCUGGGGUUGCCAUCAUGGUAAGUGACCUGCUCUAAGGUGGAAUCUCAAGUUGAGCUGGGGUGGGAAUUUCGUUCAAUUUUACAUGUUGUACUUUAUGGGAUAAUAUACAAACCAAAAUACAGCUUUCCUUUGAUACUUGUAGUUUUCUGAAUUCGAUGCAUGUAUUGGGGGAAAGCGUGCAUAAAAAUGGAUACAUGAGUGAAAACAACAUACAAAAUACGUUCUGUUCAGGGAUAUUGUUUGCAGAAAUGUGCACAUUUAGGCAAAAUGCGCAAUGAAAUGCAGACAAUUUUUUUAUGAGGACAUUAAAAAAAAUAAAUGCUGAAGGGUGGAAAACUGAAAUUAAGAUGGGGGGAAAUGAGCAUCUAAAAUUGACAAAUUUAUCCAUCCUAGUCUAUAAACCAGUCAUACUUGGUACCCUAAAAUGAGCAUUUCCCUUUCUCCUCUUUAUUGUUGUACACCUCAUUGGCCUUUACACUUGCAAUGGGUGGCUGUGCUGCUCCUCUUCCUAACCAGGGCUCCAGAUUCCAUCUGCAUGCAUUUAUUCUUUCCCUAGCCAUGCAUGCUCAUCUCUCCCUUCAGUUGAGGACAAUUUUUCUGAGUAAAGCAGGGUGAAGCACCGUAAGCUUUCUCCGCUGAAGUUUCUUUCUUUCCUGUAGGCUCUCGCCUUUCCCGAACAGCUCUACGAUGCUGUCUUUGAGGAAGAGUCGGUCAACAGUAAGACACCUAUCCGUCUGUAUGGAGGAGCCUUACUAAGUGAGUGCAUUGCUGCUUGGCUAACCGAUUGCUCAUCUCGUGAUGAUAGCUGGGUGCAUGCUACAGAAAUGGGGGUGGAUUUCCUGGAUGGGGGUUAUGCCCUGCCACUACAAUACGCACAGUUCACUUCUAUGGAGCAGGUGUGAAAUAUGGUGUGACCACAAGCUCCCCUUUGAAAAGUUAAAGGGCCUGAUAUCUCUAAAGAUAUUCAGAUUAACUGCUGAGAUGACCAGCGACAUUGGGUGAAUCCACAAUAUUUUGUGGAUAUUUUGUACCAAUAGAUAGAGUUUGGUAACUACCUUAUGUGGCAAAUACUUCAAGAGGUGCAGGGAGCAUUGGGACAGCUGGCUGUUAAGUCUUGUGGUGUGUGAAGGGGAAAUCAUUUUGCCCUGGUCACUACAGCAGCUGGUCACUUCAAUGCUGUGGCAAAACAAUGGGGUGAGAAUGGUGCUCACCGCAGAUUUCAUAAACUUGUAGCAAUUGUGCCAGUAAGCCGAGAUGCGAUAUUAUGUUGUGCGUCUUGUGGAGCUGGAAUAGUCGAAUGAUUGGUUGUGGUGGCUUUGCUCCCAAACAAUAGAUACCAAAAGCUAUUCUGAGAUGAGCAUUGGAAGUUUGUAAAACUGUUUCUAGAUUGAACCCUCUACAGUGCAGGUGGGUGUUAACAAGCACCAUUGAAUGUUUCUCCAUAAAACAACAAACUUUAUAUAUCUGGAAAACUAGGUUUAGGGAGAAGCCAGCUAGUAUUUCCUUAUACCCCCAAAGGCACACUCCUCCACUGCAACGUGAGACAGCUGGAUGCCAGCAACCAGUCAGCUAGUUUUGUAAGUUCAGGGGAUCUCUCUCCCGGCCCCACCCCUGCCGGUGGAGAAGCAUUACCUGUUAUCUGGCUAGCUGCUUUAGGAACUAUUGCAGUAUCCAUAGCGCCACAUUCCUCUUGCUUUUUCUGGAAGAUAUUUUGAGACAAAGCCAGCUUGUGCUGGGCACAACUACGUAAGAAGUAAGGCAAUGCAUUCUUCUUAUAAUUGCAGGCUUGUGUCUGGUAGUCAGAGGCAAUUCUAGUGCAGCUGGAAAACUCUUUAUUGACUUAUCCUGUAAGCCUGUAGCAUCGCCUAGUGGUAGCAAGUGGGCAUGCAGCAGUUUUGUUUUCCUCGGUGGCUACAUUCACAGCACUCAUGUAAAAAAGCACUAUGCCACAAUUUUAAACAGUCAUGCUCUCCCCUUUUAAAAAAAAAAGAGGAUUCGAAGAGCCUCUGUUUGUUAAGGGUGCUAAGACUCCUAUUUCCAGAGUGGUUUAACAGUCAAUCCCCUUCACAGGGAACUCUGGGAAUUGUAGUUCUCUGAUAGGAAUAGGGCUCUCCUAACAGCUCUCAGAGCCCUGAACGAACUACAGCUCCCAGAAUUAUUUGUGGGAAGCCAUUACUGUUUAAAGUGGCAUCCUAGUCCUUUAGAUGUACGGUGUGGUACAUCUCCCAGUACUGUACUUUCCCCUCUCCAUACCCAUCAUGUCUGAGUAUUUCCUCUUGCCUAGAGUUGAACGGGUAAAACACAUCUGUCUUUUAAUGUGUAUGGAGCCAAAGAAGGGGACUGGAAUAGCUAAUGCAACUUGCUGUUCCUCAGCAGGUAGUGUAGGGCAUUAGCUUUGCCUUGGUACUCUUUGUUUUUGAAAUACACAAGCAAAUUUUUGCUCCCGAUGAGAUACAGUGUUAUCUUCCCUAGACCUUUUUGCCAGGCUGCUUUUGGUUCUUGUGCUUCUUCCACGGGAGAAGGAAAAUGAAAGGCUGCAGCAGGGCUCGAAAUGUCCUGGUGGAAGUGGAUGAACGCAUCUGCCAGUAUCAUUAAGGGUGGGGAGGGAUUGGCUUCCUUCCUUUGCCUUUGGUAUUGCAUAUGUAGUGCUCCUAUUGAUGAGAGAAGGUCCUCUAUGACAGGAGAGUACAAGAGGAAAUUGUGUGUGUGUGUUUCUGCUUCUGGGUGUAAAAUGCACAUGAUCACAACAGAUGCCAGGCAAGCUUUGGAAACUUAAAUCUUAUUUCAAAACUUUCAUAUCACUUUAUGAUUUGAUAUUGUUAGGUCAGUUUUAAGAGAUUUCACUAUAACUUCCGUUUGAUGAUGAUGAUAGCAAGAUUUUAAGGAGCAUAUUAAUGUGUUUGUAUCAACAGCACUUCUUAGAAGGCUAUGUCUUUCUACAUGUGGCUUCAGUAGAUGACACCUCCCCUUUCCCUCUGUCAUCCCUUUCCCUCCAAUCAUCUUUAGGUAUCUCCCUCAUCAUGUGGAAUGCUUUGUACACAGCUGAGAAGAUCAUAAUGCGUUGGACUCUGCUGACAGAAGCAUGUUACUUUGGAGUACAGUUCUUGGGUAAAUAUGCCUCUUUAUGGUCAUGCUCUCCCUUUGCUUUUAUCAUGGAAGGGAAACUUCGAUACACGGGGUAAGGUCUCAUGCUGAGGUUAAUCAGGCCCAAGACACACAGGCCUUUCUUUGCAAAAGGAGAAUGCAAGGAUACAAGGACUAAACAUUCAGACCAAACAUGAAAGUUCAAAGCUUUUGUUCCUAAAAAUCAAUAUUAUGAAGCUGGAAUAUUUCUUGUCCUUCAGAAGAGAGAACCCUAGAAAGAGGUGAAUAGAAAUAGGAGUGAAGCAAUAGCUCAACUUAGCACACUAACCCUCAGUCAUAACACACAAAAGAUGGGGUGUAUUCAGACAAAUGCAUACCAAGGACCCAGUUAGAGAUCCUGUAACAAGCAAAAACAGGGAACGGUGAAUGCUGCUGACAUGUGUCUCCUUCGAUGUCUCUCUAUUAAGGCUUUUCUGAAUUGCAAGUCUUUCCCCCAGUUUGUUUUCUUGGUCUUCUCAGCUGUGUUAUUUAGAAGUGUUUAUAAACUACUUGAUAGUUUAAGAAUCUCUUAAACGGCGCACAAUAUAAAAACAAUAUCAUUAAAACAAAAAUACAAUGCAAAACCAAUAAAACUGUGCCAUGGAAGCACGCGGAAACAAAACAUAUUGGGAUUCACAUGCUGCAAGGGGAGGGAGGGGGAAGUAAGGGUGCUAAAUCCAGUGGAACCUGAAUUUGCUGGUAUGCAAUUAGAUUCUACUUGCCAGAGCGCAACUUGGCCCUUGAGUGCCAAGUAAAAUCUCGUAGCUGCUUCGGUUGCAUGCCUGAUUUUUUUAAAGGCGAAACAUGUUGAAGACAUGUGUCAUAGGUUGCACUCUUAAGGCUGCUGCAGGGAACCCACACCACAGAAUGCCUUUCUGUGGCAUCAGUAGCUCAUGUCAAGUGGGAUGUGUCAUUCAGCAAGGUCUUAACCACUCCAGCACCCGUCUCUCACCAAAAACAAGCACUGUUUCUCUGUUAAAGUCAAGAAUGUAGGAAGAGCCUGCUGGAUUCAGCCACUGGCAUCCUGCUCUCACAGCAGCCAACCUUUGGGAAGCCUGCAAGCGGGGCCUGAGGGCAGCAGCUCUCAGAACCAAAUAGACACUGCUUCAUAGAAGCAACGAUCUGCAGUUCUAACUGCAACCAAAGCAUCCAUGUUCUGCUAGAGUAGGCAUGAAGUGGCCUUUUCCUGUUUUCUCAAGAGGUGUUCUAGAGGGUUUUGAAAACGUGUAUUUCUUUUCUUCCAACCUGCCUUUUCUCUCUCUUUCAGUCACCAGCAUCACCCUGGUUGAGAGCGGCCGGGGGUCCACGGGAGCCACAUUGCUCCUCAUCAGUCGGGUCCUCUUUGUACUUAUCAGCUUUUAUUAUUAUUACCAACUUGGACGCAGACCCAAGAAAGUCUAACCUCCAGGACUGCUGAGGGCUGGUGCAGAGAAGGGUCUGUCAUAAUUUCUGCAUUCCUUUCGCUCAUUUUUGUGGGGCUUUUUUCCCUUUCUUUCUUUCUUUCUUUCUUUCUUUCAAAAACAACAACCAGACUUCCUUACGGCAUGCAUCAAUGUAUAAAUAAAUCCAGUGCUGUUGUUGCCACCACACUGGACGUGGAAAAGGAGAGGUCAAGAUGACUCCAUGGUGCCUAUGGGAAGAGGACAGGAAAACAGUGAUAAGGCGGCAGAUUCAGGGAUGUGGGUGGGCAAGAUCAGCUAUUCGUAGCCAUUCUCCUCUGUGAAUCUAGGCAGUGGCACAUGAUCAAAAUAUACACUCGUGGAAACAGAGUAUCAUAUCAAAAUGACAUCCAAAGGGCAAAGAAAGUGAUAUCAGCUCUGUGUACAGGGGACAGAUUGGGAAUUUUCUCUCUACAACUAGCAAUCUGCUGUUGGGGCUUUUGGUAGCAUUCCCUUCGGUUGAAAUGUGUGCUGGGGACUUGCCAUAUAAAGGGCUCAAAAGGAAGUUCUAUGGCCAUAUUUUCCUCAUCUUCUAGGACAUUGGAAGUCAGAGAUUCCUUAGGUAGUGAUGUCCUUGCUAUGAAUGCAACCUAUUCUUUUUUUAAAAAAAAGAGCAUUUGCUGUAGUAAUUUUAAGAAAUGAUUCCAGCUGAUUUUAGGAGUUCUUGUGAAAAUAUCAGAUUUGGCUAUUGCUGCCUCUUUGUUUUGUGGGGUAUCUCUCUCCCUCCCCUCAACCCUACCAGCCCUCUUCCUGUUGGUUUAUUCUGUUGGCCUUUUUAGUUCUAAAUGUUACAAAAAUGCCUUCAGAUGAUUCUGGAUGGAGUCUGUUAGAAAGGAAAUGGGGCAAGGGACCAAUAAGGAAACCGUGAGUUCACACAAUCUCUUGUUUACAAAAAAUGGCAACACACAGUAAUACACUUGAACAGAAGUGGGCAAGAUGUGGCCCUCCAGAUUAUGUUGGAGCUUCAGUUGCAGCCAGCCUCUGCCAGCAUGGCCAACCGUGAGGGAUAGUGUAAGUUGUAGUCCAGCCACAUCUGGAAGGCCCAGGGAUUAGCCACUUCUGCACUAUAUCGUUUAAUUGCUGCCAGGCACCAGCCCUUUCAAAAGGAAAAUACUAUAGUUUUGUGGGAACACAUUCCUAAAUUGAGUGACCAAGAAAACUGCAGGAAAAGGCCAUGAUAGAAAGUGGUUGCAUGUACUUGCUAGACUAGUUCAAUGCAUAUGCUGAAAUGACAUGUGUAUUAGCCUUCCCCCCCACUCCCCAGUUGUGGUGGUCCUUCUAGCCUUCUGUGAAAUAGAUUAGCAGUGGAAGAGGUUGUGUACAUCUGAUUCCUCUGUCACUUUCCACAGGAUUAUACUCCAACUGAAUUGCUUACUUUUACCAUAUUGUAAGUUUUGGAUAUGAGUCUGGGCCCAGAGGCAUGUUUGCACAUCAGUUGCCUGCUUGGUGUGAGGAAGAGGCUGCCAUAGGGCUGCAAAGUCUCCUGAACUCACUGGCUGUGCUAGAGAGUGGGAUCAGUGGUGCUCUCCAGGUUUGAUGGCCUCUGUAAUGUUUGCCAGUAGUGAUGGACAACCCAUCCCAAACAUCUGAGGCAUUCUGACAAUUGGCAUUUCAUUCUUAACCAAAAUUAAAGCAAUGAAUAUAUGCCAUUGAUAUCUCCUGCCUCAAUCUCAGUGUGAAUAAUGAUGUUGGAAAGACUAGUAUAGUUUUGAUGUUGAAGGAUGUUUCUCUUAGUGUGCCAAUGAAUUUUUCCCAAAUAGGCAAACAGACCAAAGUUUGAAAUCUCUCCUCCUCUUCUCCUCACCCCCUACCCUUGUUGGGAUUUCAAAUAUAAUUGGGAAGUGUUUACCAUCCUCCUACAGACCACAGUCUUAUUUAUUACUUUGGGCUCUGCUCUAGCAUUUUCCCAUUUUUAAAGCUUUUGAUAAAUGCAAUGAAGUUUCAAAUCUCAGUCCUCCAUAGAUACACCUCACAGUAUAGUCUUUGCAUUUUGUACUCCCCUUGAACUGAGACAGGAGGAAUUCUGUAUUCAUUGUGGAUUUAAAGGCUGUUUGUCAGGAUAGGUGUGUCGAGAUGAACCAGCCAUUUUGAAGUGGAUGCAGCAAAUCUAGGACAGCUGCCUGUGUCUCCACCUUUGUGCCAGGACUGCAGUACCUACACGGGAACAGCACACACAUUACCCUUUUGAGACUGAGACAACAUCCUUACACCUUCAGCAGCAAGAAGAAAAUGUUCUCAGAAAGUCACACGAACCCGUCAUGGACUGUUGGCAACAUGCACCGUCUUUUGCCUGCAGUGGUCGCCCGAAGACUUUCUUUACUUCUUUUGGCAUCAAACGUCUGCAUGAACUUGGACUACCAUGUAUGUUGCAGUUCCAGGCCGCAUCAAGUGGGUCCUCAAAAACUAUUUGAACUGAAUAUCCAUGUUGAUCAUGCAAGUGUAGACUUUAGAAUCCCAGGGUAAUGGUGCCUAGUGGUCCAGCGUGAGGUUUAACUCCUCCAACCUGAGCAAUUUUGUUAAUGCUAGUUUUAAGUGUCACUCUCAGUUUUCUCGUCUGUAUGUACACUAUGUGAAACAAGUACGGUUUUCAGCAGUUGCUGCCUGGCUUUGAGCAUUUUGCAUCAAGGAGGGUCUGGGACUGGGGCUGGGCCUAUUUUGAAGAUGACUGGACUGCAGAAAGAGGAGCCUUUUCGGAGUUUCUUUCACCUGAUGUCCAAAAAUCAUGAGUUGAGCUGGGGGAAUGGGGGAAGGAGGAACUAUAACUGCUUCUAAAUUGCAACUUUUUUGUCUACUUUCUGGUCCCAAUGUUUAUACAAUCGGCAUUCAAAAAAACAAAAGCAUCAGUAAAGUCACACCUAAUUUCACUUGACCCUUUGACCAAAAUUCACCUUGGGAUAGUCAACAAGUCACACCAAUAGUUGAUACCUGGCCUUGUAGGGCUGUUACCUUAGGCAUGUUCUUGUAUUUGUGGCUGCAGCAGGCAUGGGUAUGAGUUUCAUACAGACUAGAAGAGGCCAUUGCUCAGUAGUACAGCACAUUAUUUACAUGAGGCCACCAUAACACAAGAGAUCCCACCCCCCACCCCCCGUGGAAUCCUGUUGCUCAUGCUGUUGUUUUUCAUAGCACAUGCUACCUUCCUCCCUCAUGCAACUGCCCUUGAUCUUUGUUUUAGAGAAAAGCAGGCAAAGCAAUCCCAGAAGUGUUAAAAGACUUUGCACACAGCAAGGCACUACUUUGAAGCCACUGUGACUCAGGCAUGGGGUGCAAGGAGCUCCCUUAAUGUACUCCCUUGAAUGGUAGCAGCUCUCUCAAUCUGGGAUCUCCUAUAAACUCCCUUUUAUUAACCUUUGUAUAGCUUUGCCCUGUGAGGAUUAAUUUGCUGCUACUAAAGUGAGGUUUUUGUGGGGGAUUUUUUGUGGGGGCUUCUUUUAAUCAUUUGCAGAAAUGCAGUUUCGCUUGCACGGUUUCCACAUCUGUUCCCUGCUAUUGUUCCUCUGAUCAGUUGUAGCUUUAGUGCUGUUUUUAAACUUGAAAGGGCUUCUUCCCUACAUGUUCUCAGCCAUGUGGGAAUCAUGUAGUGCCAUGUCCCCAGCCAACAAAAGCAGGGUGGGAACAUUUCCCCAGACCAGUGGUAACUGCUUUACCCAGUACUAGUGGGGGCUCUAUUACACAGCAUGACUAGCUGGGAUACCAUCAUGGGACUGAAACUGCCUUGGUCGCACUGGUUGAUGAUCUCCGGCGGGCUAGGGACAAAGGUGAGAGCUGUUUCCUAGUUCUGCUGGAUCUCUCAGCG